UCUCCAGUCAGUGGCUGAGCAGGCAGCACCAUCACUCCAUCUUGUGCCUCCCUUCCUCCUCCUGGGCCUCUCCUGCCCUCUCCUAGCAGUCUCCUCCUCCAUAUCCUUGCCUUGCUGUCUCCUGCUGACGUGUCUGCCUCUCUCUGCUCAUGCUCUCUCUCCCCUCCAUCCCCAGGACUCUGCCACCCUGCUGACAUGGCUGCAGCCAGACCCCACAUCUACCUGCUGCUCCUGUUGGCAGCACACAUGGCCCCUGGCAGCCUGACCCUGGACAGGAGGUUCUCGGAAUUGAAGCGGUGUGCUGACCCUGAGUGUAGCAGUGAGUUCUGAGUGAGGAGGGGUCUGGGGGUCUGAGAGGGGGGGGAGUAUACUCAGCCCCCCACCCCCAGCCCAACUCUGUUUACUUAUUACUUUUCCUUUCCAUUUAUUGCAGUGUUGCCCUUGCACCCCUAUCAGUGAUCCUGUGCAUGCACUUACUCUAGUGAUUGGUGUUUACACUCUGCUCUGUGCACUGAUUGCACGUUAUACAAUGUAUCCUGCACUUUAUAGAGCUGUGCAUACAGUGUUUAGUUCUCUAUAAUCCAUUAGGAUAUGGAAAUAAACACCAGUCUGCACACUAUGUGCUUGCAGAAUGUGUUGUAAUGCCUUCUGGAGUGUGUGUGUGUGUGUGUUUGGAUUUCAUUAAUGAGAGUAUUUGCAUUCACAGGGAAAUCUCCUAGAGGAGGUCAGAUGGGAUACUUUCUUUCUUUGUGUGGUAGGAGAGCAGUGAUGAGGGUGGGGGUUGCUAAAUAUGGUGAAUAGGGUACCUCAGGCACUGUUUAAUUACACCCACUCUCGUUCCUCUUACUAAAUGAAGUUGUCCUUGCUUGCCCUAAGGGAUAGGACACGCUCCAGCUUUCUAUUAAUACCUUUUGCUCAAUGACUGGCUAAGGGUGAUAGGGGUCUUAAUGCAACCACAACUAGAAAGGUGGAAGUUGAUCAUUAAUGCUCCAUGUUUAUACCCAGAAUAUUUUGUUUGUUUGUUUCAAACUGGACAAUUUUUCACUCCUGCCUGUUUUUGCCUAUUGUUACAAUACACUGUUUGUAUAAUAAACCGCUAUAUAUCUGGAUUUUUCAUGGCUGUACUUCUCAACCCUAGGGUUAGGACCUUAAAAUGGGUCCCCAUUGGUUUGAUUAGGUACCUAGCAACUGGUCAAAGUAGGUUUACUGUAUUAGUGACAUUGCUUUCCCUAGUUUAGUUUAAUAGCAAAAACUUCUAUUUAUAACCAUGGUUUUAACAGGACUAUGACUUUAUAAUUACUAAUAAAGAAUUCUAGCAAAUGUAUACGUAAAAGCUACUCUUCUAUAUAUAAUUUUGCAUUGUGGUUAAAGACUAAACGUGGAGGUUUAGAGAGACCUUCCAUACAGCCUUCCUGCCUCCUAACAAUGUGGUACAAUCCUUUAACUCCGGGUUCUCCAAAUCUCUCCCUCCAGACGUUGCUGAACUACAACACCCAUGAUUCUUUGAAUUAAAUAGAUAGCCAGAGAAUCAUGGUAUUGGUAGUUCAGCAACAUCUAGAGGGCCCGUGUUUGAAGACCCUGCUUCAAACUUAUAGGAUUUACAGUUGUGUAAUUUAAGGACAGGGCAGCUGCACUCAUAUUUAAUAUGAAAUGUUAGUAUUAGGGGCACGUGAGGAAUAAAAGGUUGAUACCAGGUGAAUGUAGCUACAAAAAAAAAAAAUCUGUUAGUUGUUUUUGGUUGAACAAAAAGACUAUGGCUGACUAUGCUUGAUACAAGUUGAAGCUGAAUUGCGGUCAUAGAGAUGAACUCUUUCUGUUUGCAUAUCUUUUUUAAUCUAUGCAUGCACCUCUAUCUGGAGAGUUUAGGUUUGACAUGACCAAAACAUAGAUGCUUAGCUGUUGUAAAACUAUAACAGCUGGUUCAAUUCAGUUUAGCCAUCACUGGUUUAAAUGACUUUUUAAUUUCAAUGUGAAACUAUUGUCAAAUCAUGUCUGUUAAGUAAGAUAGAAAAUCUGUUUUUUUUCUGGCAUUUUGGUUUAUGUAUUCUUUUGUAAACCAUGUUUAAGCUGUUAAUUUGUAUGCAUUUCUGUGUUGUUCGACAGUGCUGAUGGUCCGAGGUAAAGCCCUAAAAGAUUUCACAGGUCCAGACUGCCGAUUUGUGAAUUUUAAAAAGGACGAGUCAGUAUAUGUCUACUACAAAUUAAAUGGAAGAUCAACAGAUCUUUGGGCAGGAUCGGUAAGUUUUACAUAAUAAACAGAUUGAAAACAUGAUAUUCAUUUACAUUAUAUUUUACAAUUCAUUCCCAUUUUGUUGGCAUUAUAGUGUUGCCUUGGAAACAUGGACACACAUAGAUUGCUGCUGUAAAGGAUCAAUUUGUCUUGUGGAAAUAAUAGUACAAAGAUAGCGUGAGGUUAUCCACUGAAUGAGGUUUAUCAUUCAUUCAAAAGAUGUUAUUUUUAAAUAUGUAGAACAUCCUACCAAAAAGUUGCUCAACAACAUUUUGAAUCCUAAAAUAAUAUUUACAUUAUUUGUUAGUAAUGAUUCCAAGUGUCUUAUUAAAUCAGAACUGUCCUUAUAUUUAAUGUAUUUUGUAAUGCAAUAAAACCUUAUAGGUUGUUUAAAACUAAAUGCUUCAAAAUUUGGUUGCAUUAAAUAUUUUCUCCUGCCUUUGAACUACCUGUCCAACUGUUUGGCGCAUAACCUGGCAAAUUAUUAAUUUGUUUCAAACGUUUACGAUGCAUAGAGAAACAUUUUUUUAUGCCUUACAUUUAAAUAGUCCCUAUUUGAAACAAAUAUAUUCUAUUUCCUGUUACACAUCAUAUUAAAUCCUUGCUGUCUAUUCUGCCUUUUCUCAUUGAUCUCUUUAUCUUUCCCAUCUUCCUCACUGAUGUUUCAAAUAUUUUACAUUGUUUUACUGAUUUGGAGCAAAAAAGGAAAAAGCAUUGCAUUCCACAAAACUAAACGUGAUUAUACAAGUUAACUUUGCUAUAAUAUAAGGAACCAUAUUAUUCACGUGUAAGAAUAGGUUGGUUUACAUUUUCUCCUUGUGGGAUUUUUUUUGGCAGAUGGUUAAAAAUGCUAAUACAAAUAAUAAGCAAACACUGGGUCUUUUCUAAGAAUUCCUGCAUAAGAGGAAAGGUGCAAAGCUUUUCUAAUAUUGAUAUCUUCCUGUAAUUGAUUAGAAAUUGUAAUCUUAUAUAAAAGGUAUUGUCCAAACAUCAUAUAACAUCCCCCUUUUAUAUGUUAUAUUUUGUGUCCCUCUGUUUAACUAACUUAUAGACCUCUCCUCUGUAUACAUAGCCCCAUCUUUUCACUAUGAUCUCCCUAUCUUUAAAUCUUAAUUUUUAUGCCUCUCUCUAACAGUCCUCUCGUAAUUCUGAUCAAUUUGUCAGCAACAUUAAGCAAUCAUUGAAUAUCUUUCAUGCUACAUUGCUACAGAUUGUGGCAAGUACAGCUGAACAGUUGGCCAGUGCAUCAAAAAUAUAUAAUAAAGUACAGCCAAUUCUGCGAUACUUUAUUAUACUUUAUACCUGCAGUGUUUGAAUUGCACUAAAAACUAAAUAAAUUACUGAAAAUUAGUUUAUUGGAUUUCCUUUUCGACAUGGCUACUGUUUAUAUACAAACCCAAUAGUUUUAAAUUAAAUGUAUCUCUGGACUGUGCAAGUAUGGCUCUUUUUGUAAGGUGUUUAUUUACUUAUUUGUGUAUUUUGAUUAUUUACAUAUAUGGAAAGUUAUAUGUAAAGGCUCAACCUAGGGCACAUAGUUAAUCAAUAAUCCCAUGAUGCCGUGGUAGCAUAAAGCAUAAAUACAUGUUUGUGCUUUUGUUUAUAGGAAGAUGUCUGAGUGCCGAUUGGUGGCUGUGUAAUACUUAACUCCACAGCGCAUUGAAACCUUGUACAUCAAGCAUGUCAAACUCAAAGGCUAACAUGGGCCAAAUAAACAAGGUUUAAGUUUAUGUGGGCCGCAAAAAAUAAAAAAUAAAAAAGAAGUGUUUGACCUCGACCAGUAAUGACUAACCUUGACACUAUAAAUUGUUUCUGGACUACAUUUCCCAUGAUGCUCAGCUAGCUUUUAGACUCUAAAAGCUAGCUGAGCAUCAUGGGAAAUGUAGUCCAGAAACAAUUUAUGGUGUCACGGUUAACCAUCACUGACCUAGACCAACACAAACUAAAAUUACUUGCUGUAGCGGAAUGGAAAACCCAAAUAUACUUUUAUUUCCUUUGUUCGGCUGUCUGUAUACCCCUGUUUGUUUACCGAACCCCCUCGCUGUGUGGCCCCUUGUUUGCACCUUUUAAUCACCGACCAACCUUGGCUGUUAACCACAAAUUGGUUAUUAGUUCAAGUGUUUUCCCUGUGUGGCCGACAUUCGUAUAACCGAACGCAUGUGUUCAAACCAUUGGCGGCCAUUUUGUCUCCUAACCAUGGGCAGCAGUACAUGGUCAGCAACAGCAUGGAAAUGUUUUCGCAUACGCAACUCCGCGAAACCCGGGAAACUGGUAGCGCUGCCCAUCCAACUUCCCGAACCGCUAGGAGAACGCGUUCAGGAGGCAUGAACUACCGAACAUGGGGAGCAUUCAUACCCUAACAGCCAGGGAAUGGAUUCAUCAGUGUUCGUGUGAGAACCCCCAAAAGAUGACCGGUCUUUGCCUUGUUUUCUCUGAAACUGUUUUGGGGCAUCACCUUGUGGCCGAACGGUCAAAACUCCAUUCGAAUGGCGUUCCCGAACCAACGAAAGGAUCUGAGUUAUAUUUCGGAAAAGUGUGUGCUCAAAUCCAAGCUAUUCGGUGAUAGGACUUUUGUUGGGUUCUGAAGUUAUUGAAAUGUAUUUUUGGGCUGUUUUAAAAUAUUGUAUGUUUAAAAAUAUUGUAUACUUUUCUGUACCUGAGAUAUAAUUAAGUAAGUUAUAGCUUUUUCUCACGCAAUUAUCUCUCAGGCACAGAGGAUCUUGGUUAGAAAAGCCCUGUAUUUUUGACUUAGAAACCCCAUGCUAUGGGUAAUGUAUAAAAGCUGUGUGUGGCAGGAAUAAAACCAGUUGUAUACGCUCCUCUGGCACUGAGCAGCAGGUACGGGGGAGUGACUGUCCUGCUCUGCAUGCAGCCAGCCUCUCUGCACUCUGUAGUGCCACCGCGCAGCUGCCAGAUAUGACUCCAUACGCUGGAGCACGCGAUUGGCUGCGACCCACAGGAGGGCCACAAAGCGGCCACAAGGCAGGCAGCCUACCUGGAAAUUUCCCGGUAUCCCAGUAGGCCAGUCUGACAUGCUUGUUGUACAUUCUUCAAAAGUGUUUACUGACAAAGUCAACAGUUUUAGUUACUAUUUAGGUUGUACCUAGUUGUUUUAUUUUACUUUUUACUUUUUUUUUUUUUGAGGAUUUAGUCAUGAAACAUACAGAGAAGCAAAGUUAUGAUAAUAUUAGUCUUCCCCUGCUGGAUUUCCAUAUCAGAAUCCUCAAACAUUUUACAUAUAAAUUAACCAUAAACAACAGAAAAUAAUGUGGCUCGUUUUAGCUCUGAAGUGAUAAUGUGAAAUACAGGUGAAUGAAAUACUCCCCCAACCAGCUCCGCUCAGCCACUCAGAUAUGCAUUAUUGCCUAAUAUUAGAAGAUCUGGAACGUGAAUUGGUGUUGGACAUUGGGGAUAAAAUUAACAAUGACUAUUUAUUGGGGGGAAGGCCUCUCGAGAUACAUUCUGAGUAACAGCACGCUUGUUUAAUCAUUUAUUUAAUCAGCCCUCAAUUUUUAGAGAAUUAAUACAAGUUAUUCAUUUCUGGGGGAAAAGAUACAGCGUUGUAUUCCUUUUGGGAAGAUGUUUCUAGGUAGUCCAUUCAGAAGGCAAAAUGUACUCUGGGUUUUCAGUUGUGUUAGAUCAAGGUUUCAGGAUAUAUCCACUGCUGUAGGUUGCCUUUCCUCACCACCGCUUUGGCAAUCUAGGUAAAUUUAAGGUGUGUGGCUCUUGAAAUAGGUAAUAUGGAAAAUAUAUUCAGCUCUAGUUUAAGUGAAUGUAGUAAUUUAGCAAAAAAACUUUGUACAGUAUGUGGUUAUGAUUUGCACGGAAUUGGUGCACCAUAACACAGGCAGAGAAAUGGUGGUCUCCAUAUCUUCCUCUCCACUGUGCAAUAGCUAGAAUUGCAGAGUUUUAAUUGAUAUCGUGUGUAUUAAUAUGCUGGAUGAGUGAACCAUAGGUGCAUAUCCUGGUAAGUUGCCAUUGCAAACAGUUUGUUACCAUCAGUGCAUCACUUAUCUCUAUCAUGUGCAUGGAUUGUGUCCAUUUUUGGUAUCGUAUAUAAAAUACUAAUAGAUUAUCACACUGUGGUCUCUUCGAGUGUAUCAGUAUCUUAAAGAUAUGUUCUGUUUGGGUCAAUGAGCAACUCUCCUUGUUUCCACAGGGUGAAGGUAUUUGUAGCUUCAACUUGUUAGAAGAAAGCAUUGUAGAGGAAAAACAUGUUUCCAAAGUAUUGCCAUUCUAGGUUUAUGCUUUGUCUAGAUAAUCUACGUAUUAUAAAGGAUCAAGUUGCCUUUCUCAAAAAGGUGCUCCAUUCUCUUUACAAACCUCUGAAGGUAUUGUUUGAGUAAAAAAUAAUAAAGGAUACCUUUUUUGAGUUGGCAGAACACAAUGUGUACUCUGAAUUGUGAUUGUCUUCUUUGUUUGACAAAGAAAUAUUUAAUUUGUUGCAUACAUGACUUAAAGGGUAAAUGUCACUUACCUGGAUUUUUAUUUUUAAUAUUAUGCCCCAUAUAUAUUGCAAAUAUGCACAAAUAAAAUUAAAUGUCGAAAUCAAUCAUUCAUUAUACUUCUGGGCACAUCUGUUUAGCUCCCUUUCCAUCAUUAUUAUAUGUUCUGUCUUUUGGCAUUCAGCAUAGAAAGAACAUACAGAGAAGAAGAGACAUUCUAGUUUAUUUUUAUUCGCAUCUUUUGCAAUGUGGGCCAUUACUCUGGCUGAACUGACCUGGGCUGUGAUGCCAUUUGCUGAAUCUAUAUUGUAAAAUUAAAAUAAAUCAGAACAUCAAAUCAAAAAGGUUAGCACAUUUUUUUGUUCUAUGGUAUCAUUUCUAGAGAAGUGAAUUUUAUCUCCCAUCCUAUUGUAAUUUUUUUUUUUUUUUUUAGUUUGAUUCACAUUGAUUGAACAUUUUGAAAUUUCAGGCUGAGGAAGGUUUAUUUACUAAGAUACCGUUUAAGAUUAAAAAGCCACACUGCAGCCACAUAUUCACAUUCACAGUUUCACGUACAUUUUUCCAUUUUAGAGCUAAAGGAGUGUCACGGGCUCUAAUGGCUUAAAGAAAGAUAGCUAAGUCAACAUAGGCCUGAGAUACAUAUGUAAUUUAUUUACCAUUAAAUACUGUCUGAUUAACAAGUGGCAAUUGAUACAGGAUUAUUUGCUCUGAAACAUGAUUAAAUUCUACAAUUAGGUGGAUUACAACAGAGUUCCAAAGUGUUUGACAUUGGUAACUAUUCUUAGCCUCCGAUACCGUGUGGUAUGCAAAGUCAGUGACCUGCAGUAUGCUCUUGUGCAGCAGUGUGCACAAACACUGUGUGAGUACUUGAGCAUGUUUGGCGCAUCGGAAGAAUGUCCUGAGCAGUCAUGUGCUCAUAUUGCACUUUCCAGCAGCUGUGUGUGUGUGUGUGAGCGUGCAAGUAUGGUUUGGCGAUGAUCAUUCAGAUUUGUACUUUUCAUCUUUGUUAAUUCUUUUCUAUCUUCUGAAAUCUUUGCAACGUGUUUUAUUAAUUAUGGAGAAUUAACGUUAGGAAGGAUUUUUCAUGUGUCUUUCUGGCAUUGCCUGUAUGGUUGAGUUUAAACUUUCUACUAAGAGAAAAGGACAUAAAUCCAGUUUUUAAGAUUUUAUUAAAAUAAAAAUAAUCAGUUUUGUUAGGUAACUUCUCCUAAAGAAUUAUUAACAACGUUAAGACAAGUGCCAGGUAACCACAGGGAAAUCAUCCAGUUAUCCGAUUUUACCUAGAAGAGUUCAGAUAUUAUUUCUGUGGGUACAUAUAACAAGACUCAUUCAGUUUUGCUGAUGGUUUAGUUAAGGAAUACCUGUCAUGCUUUUUUACUUAGUGGGAAUGUAUUCUUCAGGCAUUUCGUCUUUAUAUUGUGCUAGUGAAAUCGCUAAUAAAUGUAUAGAUUGUGUGCAAUGUUAAAUAAAAAUGUGCUUCCUUCCCUGGCAGACAGACUAUCAGCACAGACACAUUCUAUGGGUGGCUCAGGGACCUUGGCGUUUGGUCACAACUCUUUAACAGAACCAAGGAUUAAGGCAAACACCAUCACAACUACAUCAGGAUGUCCUAAUAAUACUUUUAUGCCUCCACCCAUAUCUACCUUUACAAGCUUGCACCGAUCCUCAUCUCACUCUGUUCUUCGCCCACUACACCUUAUCUGUCAUCUUCUCUCACUCACCACCACAAUCUUCACCUGUGCUCCCUCUCUGUGUUCUCGUACCAUGUUAAACCUAUUCUUUCCAUUAGUCCCUACUCCAUAUAUUCAACCACCUUACAUGUUACUUUUCUCAAGCUCCUGGAGCCCAAAUGCUUUCCUUGAACACCUCAAAUCUAAAUCCCCUAUUGCUCACUAAUCACCAUCUCCUUAACAAUGCCAUUGCUUCAGCCUUUCUGACACUAUUAUUUUCACCAGUUAAUAAUUUUCUUUUAUACAUACUUGGACGAGUGGCGGAACUAAAGUAGAUAGGGCCCUAGUGUAAGAAUUAUUGGGGGGGCCCACUAUUGCAAAGAUGGUUAAACAAAGAUAGACUGUUGUACAACUUCCACAAUGACUUGCCUGCUGGGGUUCUACCAUUUGCACAUCGCUGCAGGGUUGUAUUUAGUACUGAGUAGUGUUUACAUGUUUAAAUGUAAGCAUGUUUUUGUAUGAAUGUAGGGGUGUAUUUUUGCAUAGUUUUUUUUUUUAAUGAGCUGCUGCUAUUUGAAAGCAGUUUACUUGUGUGUAGUGUUUGCCUUGGACUAUAAGGUUGUGUCUGUUUUCAGUGUUGAUUUUUGAAUGCAGGGGUGUAUUUGUGUGUAGUGUUGGAGUUUGAAUGCUGAAUGUAAGCACAUAUACAUGUACACUGCCGCAUACACAUACACACAUCCGAAGACAGACACACAGAUACACACACUUACAGAUACAAACACUGACAUAGAAACAUCGAAUGUGACUGCAGAUAAGAACCAUUCGGCCCAUCUAGUCUGCCCAAUUUUUUCUAAAUACUUGCAUUAGUCCCUAGUCUUAUCUUAUAGUUAGGAUAGCCUUAUGCCUAUCCUACGCAUGCUUAAACUCCUUCAUGGUGUUAACCUCGACCACCUUAGCUGGAAGGUUAUUCCAUGCAUCCACUACCCUCUCAUUAAAGUAAUACGCCCUGAUAUUAUUUUUAAACCUUUGCCCCUCUAAUUUAAGACUAUGUCCUCUUGUUGUGGUAGUUUUUCUUCUUUUAGAUAUAGUCUCCUCCUUUACUGUGUUGAUUCCAUUUAUGUAUUUAAAUGUUUCUAUCAUAUCCCCCCGUCUUGUCUUUCUUCCGAGCUAUAAAUGUUAAGAUCCUUUAACCUUUCCUUGUAAGUUUAGUAGCUCUUCUCUGAACUCUCUCUAAAGUAUCAAUAUCCUUCUGGAGAUACGGUCACCAGUACUGCGUACAAUACUACAAGUGAGGUCUCACCAGUGUUCUGUACAAUGGCAUGAGCAAUUCUCUCUUUCUACUACUAAUACCUCUCCCUAAACCAAGCAUACAGACACACAUUCAGAUACACAGUCACACAAAAUGACACAUAUGCAGAUACAUACAAUGACACUCAUACAAAUACUGACACACACAGAUACACAGGGGCACACAUUGACACACAGUUACACAUGCAAACACACAGGCGUAAUGUAAAUUACCCUCCUGUUUCCUACUUUUUGGAUGCAGUAGGGUUGCUUCCCUUGUAUCCAUUUGGCUGGCUGGGGCUGUUGGGAGUCAGAGGCUCUACCACUCCGCUCUCCUCCUCCAAUGCCUCUCCUGCCCGGUGUGUUCUAUGGGAGGAAGUGACUGGCUUUCACUUCCUCUCAUGCUAACAUUACAGGGGCCCGGUCACACUGUUAAAUGGCUGCCGCUCCACACUGGGCCCCUGAAAACACUUUUGUCAUCAGGUGGCCUUGGUGCAUGAUCCAUCCGAUGGGCACCCUAAUCAUGCAGGCCUCGGUAGUCCGCACACUGACUUGAACCUUCACAAGUUGCAAUACACUCCAAGCUAGAUUAUACAUGAUUAUGAUCUUUAACAUUCAUUGUACUGGUUGAAGAAUUUUGUAUAUUAAAGGGACACUAGAGUCACCAGAACAACUACAGCUUAUUGUAUUUGUUCUGGUGAGUAGAAUCAUUCCCUUUAGGCUUUUCGUGGUAAACACGGUCUUUUCAGAGAUAAUGCAGUGUUUACAUUACAGCCUUGUGAUAACUUCACUGGCCACUCCUCAGAUGGCUACUACAGUUGCUUCUGGGACAGUACUGCACACUGUGCAGUACUGCCAUUCAGGGUCUCUACCAUCUGCAUGCAGACACUGAACUUUCCUCAUAGGGAUGCAUUGAUUCAAUUCAUCUCUAUGAGGAGAAGCGGAUUGGCCAGGGCUGUGUUUGACUUGUGCUGGCUCUGCCUCCUUUACAGUCUCAGCCAAUCCUAUGGGGACGCAUUGUGAUUGGCUCAGACUACCACUUCUGAUGACUGCUGGUCAGAGGCAGCAGCUGCAGACUUGAAUAUAAGUAAGAUUUUACUAUAUUUAGGGAGGCAGGAGGGCUAAAUGGUGGUUUUAACACUAUAGGGUCAGGAAUACAUGUUUGUGUUCCUGAUCCUAUAGCGUUCCUUUAAUUAAAGGUCUCAUGUCAUGACCAACAUGGCUUUUAAAAUGUUAUCUGCUGUUGUCAUAGCAGUAACUACUGUAAACAUGGAGAUCAGGAGCAGCUGUGCAGGCAGCUAUACUGCUUGCGACUAAGCUACUUCCCACAGCUGCUACCAUGUAUCCACAAACUAAGAAUUUUAAAAUGCUGUGUGGAGGUUGAAAAGGUGUCCAUAUAGCUGCUGUCCAGUGCAAGUUGCUGUUUUGCAGGAGAAAGAGGCGAUCAGCAGAUGGGUAUAUGUAGUAAAUUAUACAAGUGAUGUAAAUUUCACCAGCACAAUGUAUUAUUAGUUACUUUCAAAAUGUGUCUGCUGUCUAAUAUACUGCACAGUUUGCCAAGAAGACAUUGCUUCUUGGUCCGCAGACAGCCAACUUAAUCUAUGAACCUACAUUAAGUUUGUUUUAAUGACAGCUAAAACAAAUAGAAUACAUAGUUUGGCAACAUCCUGAUGAAGUCUGUUAUUCUUUGUUAACUCUGUGUUGUUAAUAAAUUACCAGUUAGAUUAUGGUUUAAGUUGCAGACCAAAGUGGCAUUCAAGAUUCGGUCUCAUCGCUCGGCUUACUUUCAUAUUUCAGUUACAAAGUUGACAGUUUUGUCAAAAGCGGAAUCUAUGUUGGGCUGAAUGUGUGUCCUCAACUAUUUCACAUCAAAGCAGUCACUGCACACAUUCAAUUAAGCAAUGUUAUCUGCAUGGAAGACUAAUGCUAGAAGAAAGCAAUUGAGUGGUUGACAGUUUUUCUAAACUGUUUCUAUUCUGAUUGGAAUUACAUGAUCACUAAAGGAUAUGCGUUGCUUCCAGACAUUGAAUAGAGAGAGUAAUUAAUUUAUUAUAGUUCCUCCCUAGGCAGUCAGAAUGUUGGCAGAUACACACCAACUAUUCUCUCUCCUAGAAAAACAGCAUCGCGAAGUAAAAAAAUCAUGUUUCUAUAAUGGAAGUGUGCAAAAAAGUCUGCUAAGUCACACGUAGCAAGUUGUCCUCCAGGGCAGGGCUAAAACUUAUCGUGCUAUGCUACUAACUAGGCCCUAAAGUGGCUCUGUAACUUUAUUCUUUCAGCUUGGUGUCCCCCUAGCCUCCCUAACUCACUCAAUGCUCGGUGAUGACCACCAGACCUACUGAUAUUUGUGUCCUAAUGGUCCCGCCAGGUCUUCAUAUAUGGCGCCACCACCUCGGUUAAAUACACUGUGGUGGCCUACUGGAAGCCUCUUCUCUCUCUAGGCUGUGCGCGUUAAUGCACGCGCAUACCCAGUUAAUCUGAAGUGUGUGAGGGUCAUUGGUAGGAAGAGGUGACGCAAUUUGGAGUGAGGUGAGUAAGAAAUGGCAAACCAUGACAAAGUUGACAAAGGAUGUGGAGCUUAAUUAAAGCUCCACCUUUUAUUAACUUUUGUCACCCUGCGGUUUCUACAUAAGGAAAAGUAGUACCUUUGUCUCCUUCUGUAUUACUUCAUAAAAAAAAAAACUUAAUUUUUGCGAAAAAACAAACAAACUAGGCUACACAGGAGGACACUGUGGAGCACUAUAAAUUAAAAAAGUGACAGAGCGACUUAAAGACUUAUUUGUCACUGCAAACUAUAGCAUAUCCUCCAGGGGUGAAUGUUUUUAAGGCUGUACCCUAGGGGACCAUCUGAAAGCAACCUCUUCAUGCUGGUUUUUGCAGAAACUCCUUUCGUGCCUGUAGUAUUUAUGUUCUCUACUGAAUUCAAUUUCCAUUGAAUUGGACUGUUGUUAUCAUAUUGUAAAUAAAAACUAGAAGGCGCCAUUUUUUUUAAAUUAUUUUUUAUCAUUUACAUUUAACCACCAAACACUUUGUUUGAAAAAAAAAUAUUCACAACAUUUAUUUGAAAUAUGAAAUGCAUAGCUGACACAUAAGCAUACAAUAAAACAGCAAUUUUGUGUAUAGGUUGUAGUUCAGACAAAUAUAAUAUUGAAAUUAAGUAAAAUAACACUUUUUUUAUUUUUCAUUUAUUUGUUCAUCCUUUAUAUAAAUAUUUGGGGUAUGAAAAGCUUUGAACAGUAUGCAGUAUUUAUCUUACAUGAAGUAGGCAUGACGAAAUACAUUAAAAUGAUGCUUACAGAUAUUUGUAAAUGAUAGCAUUACAAGUAGUACAACUUACCAAGUUGGCAACAGAAUAUAAAAAGAAUUUAUGCAUUUGAGCAUAUUGCCCACAUAACUGUAAUUACCGUUAAAUCAUAUACUGGUAAAAUGAAGAUAGUUGAAUUAUUUUAUAGCAGUCUCUGUUAUGUUAUGUUAUUGUAAGAGGCAUAUGGGUGAUGUAAUUCACUCUUUCCCUACCUGACUGUAGGAAUGGUAUAACCUUUGAUUCUUCCUUUACUGUUCUAGCAGAGAAAUUUAUUGAGUAAGGUAUUUACUGAGGAAUUCUAAUUGAACAAGACUAAUACAUCUUCAUGUCACAACUGUCACAUUCUAUAUAUAGAAUAAUUUGAGUAAAUGCAUGGAUAAAAGUUAGCAUCAGGACAUUUUGUUAUAUAAUAUAUCUAUAUACAAAAAAUACACAAUAUACCCAGUAUUUCACUAGGCAAAUAAUGUUUUUAAAUGCUGUACUAGACGAAUGGUCAUGUCAUCUGUGCAUUAUUUCCCAUAGUAAAAUAAUACAUGGAUCAUCUCCGUGUAAUUCAAGCAGGACCUGCAGUAUACAUCCUUGUCUGCCGAAAAUGUUAAUAUUACACUACUAAACAUCAGGUGCCACUGUUUCAAUCUGUUUUACAGUUGGGGAAAAAGAACCUUAGUGGCACUUUAACCGCCUUGCUUUAAUGCUGUGUAUGCCUCCUAAAUGCUGUGUGUUUGUGACAUUAUGUCACUAGUGCAAUUUUAUAUCACAUCCCUUAAUCGUAUAGCAAAUGUUAAUAAGCUGAAUUAAUAUUGGUUUUGGCAUGUUAUUUACAUAUUUAUCUAAUAUGCAUAGUUAUACCUGCCAAUGUUUUGUUAAGGGAAGAAAAUUGUACUUUUAUUUACAAAUGAGAGAAGACCAACUGACCCAGCCAACUAAAGUUUGGCAACUAUAAUUUUAAUUUAAAGUCAUGAAAUCAUAGUUGUGUGCUAGGUGUGCCCAGACACACCCUAAUGCACAGCCAAUUGUCCUUCCUGUACGUAUUGAGGUCUAAAUGGGCACAUUUGCCGGAGUUUAGGUUAGCUUGUUAUAUUUUUUAAAGUACAAAAAAAAAAGAUUAUUUUUGUGCACAGUAGUAUAAACAAAUUUUAUCUUUUAUCUCACUUCCACUUAAGAUGAAUUUUGUUUUUCUUUAGAUGCGUAACCUAUGUGUGGAACCUGUAUGUUUUAGAUUUUAAUCCUGCAGAAAACAUUUAUUUAAAAAAAUAAAAACAUACUAACAAUAACAUGCUAUAGUGGUUAUGGUGCCAGCAAUCCCCUUGUGCUGUCCCACUGUAAACUGGUUAUAAACUGUGUGACACUUAUCUGGCUCUAUUGGCGCACGAGCAGUCCUUCUAGUCUGCACAGAUAUACUAAAGUGGAAGUUAAAGGACCACUAUAGUGCCAGGAAAACAAACUCAUUUUCCUGGCACUAUAGUGCCCUGAGGGUGCCCCCACCCUCAUGGCCCCCUCCCGCAGGGCUGAAGGAGGAGGAAGGGGUUAAAUCACUUACCUUUCUCCAGCGCCGGGCUCCCUCGGUGCUGGGGACUCUCCUCCUCCUUCGGUCGCGCGCACAUUUAGUCAGUCCAUAGGAAAGCAUUCUCAAUGCUUUCCUAUGGACGCUAGUGUCUUCUUACUGUGAAAAUCACAGUGAGAAGUGCGGAUGCGCCUCUAGCGGCUGUCAAUGAAACUGCCACUAGAGGCUGGAUUAACCCUAAAGUAAACAUAGCAGUUUCUCUGAAACUGCUAUGUUUACAGUAGGCAGGGUUAACCCUAGAUGGACCUGGCACCCAGACCACUUCAUUAAGCUGAAGGGGUCUGGGUGCCUAUAGUGGUCCUUUAAUCUUUUCGACAAUGUGCAAAGUUGUUACAAAAUGCUAUGUCUCUGUCUUAUUCUGACAUAUGGUGUGAGUUGUGGAGGAAGUAGGAGUAACAGUACUUCUGAUCCACAUCCUGUAUAUGAGAUUCUCUCCUUUUCUUAACUUCUUCCGAAUUCUCUCUUUUUUUUUCUCUUUGAGAUCUUCACAGCCCCCAGCAGCUCACAGUAAUUAUUGCAGGAUGUCAGGAUAUACAUAAUGCACCUUAACAGCAUGAGUCAGUGCUCGGUAUUGGUAGGGGUUCUUGUUCUUCAGCAACAAGAAAAUGCCGACUGUCUUCCCACCUAUCCAUUAACAAACAAACAGUUCUACUACUUACAUUGUGGGGGUAGAGCAUUCCUGACACCAUAGCCACUACAGCUUGCCGUAGUAGUUAUAAUGCUUACAGUGUUUUUGUAACUACAUUGCCACCAACAAUUAACUGGCAGCUGGAAAUUUUGAGCUUUGAAUAAUGCGUCUAAAUAAUGAGUUCACUAAUUACUUUUUUUAUUAUAUCAACCCAAUCAGAUGCCAGUUUGUGCUAGUUUUUAAAGUUGAAUGUGUUUGACGAUUUGCGUAAUUGUUUGAUAAAGUUGAUGGGUUUUGUUAUGUUCCGUUGUGGCUGUAUAUUCACACCUUAAUCAAGUUAAAGUAAGAAUAAAAAAAAUUAAACAUGCUGGUUUCUUUGUCUUUUCUUGCAGGUAGGAUCUCAGUUUGGAUAUUUCCCUAAAGAUCUCGUCAACAUACAACAAGUUUACACUGAUAAAGACAUUGAGAUGCCAACAGAUGUAAGUUAAGUGGUGUUAUAUUCUGGUAUUAUAUUAAGCAGCAAAUAUGUCUUUGAUACCGUCUCAACACAAUGUUGAGGGAACAGGGUCUGUCCGUGAUAUGAUUUAUUGAUGUCUAUUAAGAUGCAUACAAUUAGUCUGUAUUUUAACCAAAGUACUUCCCAAGUACGUUUUUUUAAGCAUCCUUGAAGGAACACUCUGGACCCCUGAGUUCCUUUAGCUUGCUGAAACACUUGUUUUUGAGUGUCCUUUUUUUUUUUUUUUCAUUUUGCAAAAAAAUUCAGAUUUCAAUAGAAAUGUACACUUUUAUGAAUAUACCUGUUAAACCCUCUGACGUUUAAGCAGAAAACAGGUUCUGUUACUUCCUGAUUUGUUUAGUUCAGUGGAACAGAGGCAACAAUUUCCCAGUGCACCUUCCAUGCAAAUACUUCUCAUUGAACUGCAUUGGGAAGUCUGUGAUUGAGCAUGGGCGUGGUUAGAAGUCGAGGGCUUGCACAGGCUACAGACAAGAUAAAUGCAGGUUUUGCAAGCUGAUUUUAGAUAUAUCCCCAAUUUAAAAAAAAAAUGCAUAAUUAAAAACUUGCAUGUUUUUAUUUGGGUGUAUCUACCUUAUUCAAAUGUUUUGUAUCAGUGAAGUUUAUUUAUUUUGUAUUUGAGCAGUGGAAUGUCCAUUUAAGCAAGCUUCUGAUCUGCCAAUCACCCUGUAUUUUCAUCUCCAUCUCCUUAACUUGUUCAUCUGCUCCUCUCCUCUUGCUCUCUAACCACUUGACCAGCACAAUUAAAGAGUUACUCCAAGCCCCGUGACCUGGAGUCUGUAUGUGCAACACAUUCAGAGACUAACCCACUAGCUGCCAGAUGUUUAAUUCCACCUCUAGAAGUGAAAGUAGCCAACCCAGAACAAAGUUCCGGCCUAGCUAAUGUCAAUUCUAUGCAAAAUUGGUUUAUGAUGCCAGCCAGGGUAAUGCUAGACAGCCAAUGGCAGCAUGCCCAGCCCCCAAACUGCCCCUGUCCUCCUUUCAGUAUUACCUCCCUACCUGACUUCUCUCCCCCUCCGGCAAGGGGGAGUGAUGUAAGCUGAGGAGGAUCGCGUCGCAGGGAAAACUUGGCCUUGGCGAUGGAUUUUUUUUACUUUUUUUUUUUAGUUUUUGGGGGUUUGGGCAGGCCACUUUUAGAAAGGGUUGCUUUAAUCAAAACCAAUGUUUUUUUUUUUGAAAACUCAGUUUUUUGAUUGGAGAAACCUUUUAAGAGGGUGAUUUAGUAUGAAGACUCCUGUUAUUGUGGUAGCACAUUUAUUACAUGUUAUUACAUAAGAUGAUAACUAGCAAAAAGAAAAAGAGUAAUCUAACAAUAUUUUACUUUUGUUUCAGGAUACAGAUUUUGUAUGCUUCGAUGGAGGGACAGAUAAUUUUGAUAAUUAUAAUGUUGAUGAACUUUUAAAUAAACCAAAAGAAAGCACACUGGGGGAAGAAGAAGAUUUAGAAAAUACAGCACAGUUGGAGCACCAGCCCACAUUAGCAAAACAGUUGGAGGAAAAAGAGAUAGCAAUUGUUAAACCAAAGGAGGAAGCAAGAGAAAAUCAAGAGAACAAACGUGAGGUAGAGGAGAGGACUGAUGGAAGUGACUCAUUAGCAAAGGAGAAUAAUAUAGUUCCUCUAUCAGAUAAACCUGAAGAAAGCACAGUACCACCAACAGAUAAUGCUGAAAAAAGCACACUACCUCCCUCUGGGACAGAUGAAACUGUGGAGGACAUUUCUGUAAAGAUUGAUACACCAGUUGUAAAUAGUCAGUCUGAAAAUUCUCAGGAAGAAAACGUUGCACUACAAAUCUCAGAAGAUGUUAUUUUUGAAAAACCACAAGUGCCAGAUGGUGAACAUGCUAAUAAUGGCAGUAUUACUCAGGGAGAAUCUACUGCACCUACUGAACAAAACGAACAGCUAGACGCCUAUACUCUUGUAGAUAAAGCUAGGCUUCAAGAACUUAAGACAAAUAUCGGCUCAUUAGAUGAUGCUAUUGUGUCUGAUGAUGAGGAAACCAUACAUGUAACACAAGAGGAUAAAUACACCGAUGAAGACUUUGAGGACCAGAGUGAUUCACAAGAGGAAAGAAAAUUAACUGAAGAUUUGGAUCAACCUCCCUCGUUGCCCAAUGAAGAAACAGGUGCUAAGCCAGUGGUCUUGUUUGAAAAUGAAUCGAUUCCUCCGCCUCAAUCAGAGGAAAAGCAAGUAACACCGAACGAAGAGGUAAAUGCACGUGUGGACAUGGGACAUGCUACAUCUCUUGAAACAGAAAAGAAUAUACUCACUAGCUGGGGUGACACUUUCUUUGCCAUUGUCAGUGGUGGUGAACAUACAAAAGAAGUCACAGAUCUUGAUGGAACCGAUUCAGAAGAGGAGGCUGAAGAAGAUGAUAAUUUAGAAGAAGACCUCAGUUUAACAGAUGAUGACAGCAUUUAUCUAAUUGACAUGGAUAAAGUUGGAGUUAAAGAAUAUAUAAAUGGUGAGCCUCUCACUGAUUUUAAAGAUUCCGUUGUGCCUGACUUAAAAGAUGAACAAGAAACCAUAUCAGAGUUUAAUAAUGGUGAAUCUAUGCAAAUAAAUAAAAAGUCAGAUGUCACCACAAAUGCUCCAGCAGAUCAAGAGAUUAAUGUACCUACAAAUGGCUCUACAUUGCCAACUAUCAAGAUCGGUAGUGACCCUGAGAUACAUGCAGAAAAGCAAGAUUCAUCCAUGCAACCCAUAGGUAUAUCAGAAGAAACUGGUAUUAAGGAUGAAACAUCUGUAAACAAUAUUGCUGAAAAGAAUUCCAAAUAUAGUAUUGGCGAGAACCAAGAAUCAAAAACACAUCAGUCUGGAAGUGAUUUGGAAACUGACAUAGAAACCAAAGAACAUGAUGUGGAGGAAGAAACACUUUCAGGAACAAAAUUUACAGAUGAUGACCAGGUAUCUUUAAAGGCUCAAAAUAUAUCUGCAGUUGAAAUACCAGCAGUCCUGCAGGACUCACAACUGCAGUCUGUUGACACUGACACAAGAGAAGGUGUAGACGCUGGGGAAAUUAAUAUGAAACAUAAUUUUGCAGACACAGCAAUACUAGAUGAUGACAAAUCUGUAACUACUCUUACUACAGAGGAAGUAACAGCAGGAUCAGAUAAGUUGGACUUAAGUGAACUACUAGUAGAGAAAGAAGAUAAAGACAUAGAACCAGUGAAGAAAGAUAUAGAACCGUUUGAUGAAGUAGUUUUAGAAUCUGUAAACGUUCCCUCAGAUCAGCUAGUAAUUGUUUCAGAGGUGUCAGAGUUAAAAGAGCUUCCUGUAGAAAAUGAGAAUAAUAAAAUAGAACCAUUGGAGGUGGUAGUAUCAGAAAAAGGCAAACCUGUUAUUGUAACACCUGCAGAUGAAACGCCUAGAGAUGUGAACAUAGCAAAAUCAGAAAAUGCAGGAGGCUCCAUGGAAAAAAUAAUUGGUCAAAAUGAUGCACAUUCAACAACAAAAUAUAUGGAAAUUGAGAAAAGCAGUACUAGUCAGACUGAGCAAAACAAAAUAGAAAAUAGUGACCAACAUGUGAAACCUAAAGAUGUAGAUUAUUCACCUAAUUUAGAUAAUCUUGACAAUGUUGGACAACAAAUAAUUGUUCCCGAAAGUAGUGAAAAGCUAACUGAGCAUGGUAACAAGGAUAAAGAAUCAUCAAACCUGGAAUCUGUACCAAUUGAUGUGGAUGAUGAAGAUACAGAAGGUCUAGAUGCAGAGCAAGAGCUACUAGAAGAUGAAAAUGCCAAAAAUGCUACACUAUCACAAAAGCUGAUGGAAAAUAGUGGCCAUGAUGUUCUAGGUACAGACAACAUGAGAAGGACAGAAGAAUCUACCAUUUCUGCCCAGGAACCUAAACCAGUAGAAGAAGAAAUGGAUAAAGAAACAAAGCUUGAAAAUGAAGGCGUCUCAUUACAAAAAUCACCAACUGAAAAUGCCGAUAAAAAUACAGAAGAGCUUAAACAUAAAACAGUGAGUCCAACGCAAGAAAACAUUAAGAAUAUUAGAGUACCAGAAGAAAAUAGUCAAGAUAAACUUUCAGAACAUCAUAUUGAUAAUCCAGAACAAAGUGAAACAGAUGAUGAAAAAAUAUCUGAUGAUUCAUUGACUACAGGAAAUUAUAUCCAAGAAGAAACAUCCUACUAUGAAAGUAUAAAGGAACUUUCCAUUAUCAGGGAAUACUUGGAUGAAGAUCACGUAGAACAAUUUAGAAAAUACCUUAACUCUGAGAAUGUCUUUAGAGUAGAAGCCAUGUUCCAUGACAUGGAGGAUGAGCUGAAACGUGCUCGUCAGGAUAAUAUGCGUCAAGAUUACAUCGACAAGGCUUUGGAUCAGAUUUUGGAAGCCUCUGAAAAUAAUAUUCUUGACUUUGUUGAGCAAGUAUUAGACCAGAGGGAGGUAGACGCUGAAGAAAUGGUUGCAGUGGAAAAGGAAAUGUUUGAUGAAGAAGCUAUGCUGUUGGAAGAUAUCCAGGAAAUAGCAUAUAGAAUGAGGCAAAAAUAUUCAACAUUGAGUGACAGCUCUGUUCUUGCACCAGGAGUGGUGGAUGAUCCAGAACCAAGUAUAAAUAUUGCGGAAAAAGGUAUGUGGAAUAUGGUUAGUUCAUAGUCUUACGACGCAGUGUGUGAAACUGUUUGCCUGAUUUUGUUUAGCCACGUUCUCAUCUCGGCCAUAAGUCAUAUCGCCCCUUCAAAAACCUUUUCCUCAAUUCAUAACCUUACUGCUCUUUCACAUUUAUACUCAUAAGACACAUUCUCUCCAUCCUAUUUCCAUAACCAUCUCCAUAUCCCUCCCAUUGUAUAGUCUAUUUUACUCUUCCAAGUGCCGUACACUCCUCUUUCCACAAUCAAUAUUCCCUAACUCUAACAUUCCUCAUAUAUUCUCCCAUCAAUUGCAACGUGAAUUGUACACAAGUACUUCACUUUUGCAGGCAUACAUUUCCUCUGCAGUCUAUAAACCAUCUCCUCCUAAACCCUCCCACCUCAAAAACCAUAGCUUCACAUUUAUUAUCCUGGGCAACAGCUCUUCACAGUCAUUAAUCCACCUGUCCAAACCCAUUAUUCUCUACCAAAAUCAUAAACCCCAAGUGUCUUAAUUUAAUAAAAAUGAUAUACUAAUAUAGUGGAGAAAAUGGCUGUGACCAACUGGAGCAUGUCUAAAGCCUUGGCUGGUGGAUCCAACCCCGAUCACUUGAUGGAGUAAAAAAUCUAGUAUAACAAUUUAAAAAAAAAAAGCCUUACUUUACUUUUAUAUUUAUAUAACUUUUAUAUUUUAUUUUUACUUUUAUAUUAUAAUAUAAAGCAUUGUCUUACCUUGCUUUUUCAGGGGGAAAUAUAACUUUAAUUUGGUUAAAAGAACACUAAUGUUAGUAAUACAAAUAUGUAUUCCUACUGUUACAUGGUUGUUCACUAAAGUGAGAAGUCAAAGUUUAUUUAACAUUUAAGGCAAAAAUAGUCCGAAAUGGAAGCAUAGCUGUUAUAUUAUUUAGAUUCAGGGCUCCCCUUGUUAACUAAAUGUAUUACUUACAUUUAGUCCCUUGGAGCACUAGUCUCGUAGUGGCCCCUGCUGAUGAUCUCAAUCAAAUUUAAUGCUUCCCCAUAGGGAAGCAUUGGGGGAGUUAGUGCACAUGCGCAAAAACGCUGCGCUAAAAUUGUCAGCAUCACUUUUUAAACUUGCACUAACUCAAUGCAACUAUAUUGAGAGCAUUCGGUGCCUUAAAGCUGAGCAUGAAGACGCUGAAAUGAUGGUCCUCCAAAGGUUGCAAGACCCAUAACAGGAAAUGCUAUUUGAUGUCUGAGUGACAAUCACCAGAGGUGGCCUUAGAAAGCAAUGCAAACACCAUCAAAAGGCAAUGCACUGCAUUGUGAAGCUCUACACAAAGAAUUGACCUACCAUUGGUUAAUGGACCAUUAUUGUAUGAGAACGCAUCUACUACAGCAAAGAUGCAUCCUAAAAAUAUUCAUGUACAAUGCCCUUAAUUGCAUUGUUAUGCUACAGCUUGAACUGCUAACAUAAAAUGAUAUUUACCAAGGUGUGAAAUGUUUUAAGAUCUAUUUGUGAAUUCUAUAAAAUGCCUGUAAAACCAGUCUUUUAGCUUUACUACUUAUGCACUGGAUGGACAGCUAGAUGAGUUUUGCUUUGUAUAUCAACAUCUAUGCCAUUGAUAGUUUAAUAACCAAAAUGAAAAGGACACUAAGUUAAUACCCACCUAAUUUUGUAUCCAUUAUUUUUUCAACCUCUUACAGAUAAGCAUUUAAAAGAUAAUCCUGAUAUUAAGCUUGUUGAUUCAGAAUCUAAUGACACCCAUUCAGUGGUUGAUGAGCCUGAUCGGGGCACAAAGGAAGAAGAGGCUGACCUGAUUAAUUUAUCUCAAGUGGACAGAGGGGAAAGUGAGACUGACAAGGUGAAUGCACAGCAUGUGGACACAAGGGGAGAAGAGACUGGCACAGUGAAUGAAGAGCAAGUGGACACAGGGAAAAAAGGGACCGGCACAGUGAAUGUACCACAAGUGGGCACAGAGGAUGAAGGGACUGGCACAAUGAAUGUCCAACAAGUUGACACAGAGGAAGAGACUGGCACAGUUUAUGUACCACGACUGGACACAGAGGAAGAAGAGACUGGCACAGUGACUGUACCACGAGUUGACACAGAUGAAGAAGAGAACGAAAAUGUGAAUCUACCACGGGUGGACACAGAGAAAGAAGAGGACACAAAGGUGAACGUACCUCAUGUUGACAUAGAUAAAGAAGAUACUGGCAUAGGUGUUGUGCCUCAAGAUGACAUACAUAAAGGACACUCUGACUUGGAGGAGCCACACUUAGAAGAUGUAAUAGGAGAAGAAACUGGCACAGUUAAAGUGCCAGGCUUAAGGGAUAUAUCUGAACCACCUUUCACAGUAAAGGAGGUAGAAACUGAGCUUAUCUCUCCCACAAAGAGCUUCACCCAAAACAUGGAUUUGUCUGUUUCUGGUACAACUGAUGUGAAUGAAGGAGGACAUGUUGCAGGUACUAUAUGAGUUUUUGUCCUUCGGAUAUUGUUAUUAUCAAUAUUUAACAUUUAUAUAGCACCAAUAAUCCAAUAUUGUAGACAGGGCUUGUCAGUGUAUGCAAACCCAAUUACAAAGUUAAUCCGACAGGGAUAAACCAAUGCCUCAUUUACAAAGGGCCUUGCUUUGAAACUUUCAAUCUACUUAGGACAGGCAUCAUGUGAACCUCAAGAGUUUAUCCAAAAUAUUUCAACCUGCUUUAGUGUUCAAGUCACAUGUGAUUUUGGAUAUUGAACUAGCAUAAUGUAGAAUCAUCACUACAUUUCUCGAUUUAACAGGGGCUCUUGUUUUUAUGCUAGUUACAUACCAUACAUCAACAUGGACAAUACAUGUUUUAUAGAUCUUCGACUACCAUUGGUCGCUGAUACACAAUUCACCUGCGUUCAAGCAGAAUUAUCCUUAAAUUGUAGCCCAAUACAUUUUUACAAUUAACUUCUACAUUUAUUUGCACACAUAUGCAUUUAAUAAUAUAUUUACAUAGAAGAUUGACAGGAACAAGCAAUGAUAAAUCAUAUAUUAAAAUAUUACCAUUUGUAUUCAAUGUACAUGUGGUUAUUUUUUUUUAUUUUUUCAGACACCACAAUUGAAGAGGAGACAGGAACUGAGAAUGUAGAUUCACAAACUACAGUGUCUGUUUCUAUGAUUGUAUCAUCCAUGGGGAAUGCUUUCCUUACAACCAAACAGUCUCUGGGUCCUGUUGCAGGAAUGGUAAGUGCCACAUGUGCGAUUAAUUUCUUAGGUCAUUUUUUGCAACAUUUCCUAAAUAGCUUAUCUGAAAACACUCUCAAGUCUGGCUCAAAUAACUAAAUCAUAACAAAUUUAAUUUGUAUGUUUUGUUGCACUCUCAUAUGUUCAUUUGAAUGUGUCCCUGCAAAGCACUUCACUGCGGUGAACACAGACAAGGUUGUUGAGUAAUGUGAGAAUUGUCAGGAAUUUUGGUGGAUUUCAAAUUGUAGACCAAAGUAGCCGACCUGAAUGCAUAGCUGACAUGGAGAAUUUUUCAAGAUCGGAUAUUUUGCCAUUAAAUUUAAAAAUCACUUUGAAUUCCUGUCACUUCUCAUUGUAGUGAAUAAUGCUGAGAGUGUCCCACAUAUGAGAGCUAUCUGGCUGUAUUAUACUUCCUUGAAAUCAUUGUCAUUCUCUUAAAUUAAUAAUUCUGUGGAUUAAACAGCAAUUCUGUAGCAAAUUUGUAAAAGUAAUCGCUGCCCCCAGAUGUUGAUUGCCUAGACCUCCCAGAAUUGAGUGCAGUAGAUGGCUUAUAAUCAUGGGGGGUUAUAAUUCAGCACCAUUUGGGGAGAGGGGCAGGGGGGCAUAGUUUGCAAUGCCAACACUUCUAAAGGAAUUUCUUUUAAAACAUAACUUCUUUGAUUUGUCUGAUUAGUGGGUCUAAAACAUUACAUUAUGUGCUUUCAUCUAAUAAUAUACAUGCCUUCAUAUUUGCUAUGAAUACUCAUUUUGUAUUUGCUGUUUAUUUUGUCUGUUCGUCCACCCAUUGUAAAGCGCUGCGGAAUUUGAUGGCGCUAUAUAAAUAUCAUCAUAAUAAUUAUGCAGUCUCAGAUUUCCGCUCUUUUCCCUGAUUUUGCAGCCACUGAUCUCCACUUUCAGCUCUUAUCAACCACUGCUCACUUCCUAUUGAAUGUUUAAUAUGCCUAUUUAUUGUGACCUUGCAUGAUUUCAAGUGAUGUUUCAGAGACAUUACAGCUGCAUGUUAGAGAGGUGUUUGUGCUUCAGGAAAAUGUCACUAGUUUUUAUAUAUAUAUAUAUAUAUAUAUAUAUAUAAUCACUAGUGCUGAUGAAUGUGAUCUACUGUUCACAGAGAGGAGAUCACUGUACGUAAUAUUUAGUGCCUCAUUAAAGGAACACUUCUGGCACCGUAACCACACAUCGUUCUGUAGUGGUUAUGGUACUCUGAGUGUUCUUUUAAAGAAGCAGAUGCCGAUGUUUGAUCCUUCUUCCAUACGAAGAGUAUAUGUAUAGUUUGUCAUGUGUAAGCCUUCCUAAGAAAAUGUGAUACACACUGAGCAACUCUCAUGCUUGUUGUCCAGGCCAUUGUCGUAAUUUAACAAAAUUUGACAUAUAAGAGGAUAAAUGAGUGGUUUAUCAGGAUCUGGCUUUCUGAAAUGAAAGUUAAGUCUCAGUUUGAUAUCACUAGACAGGCGGCCAUGGAAGAUGUACUUACUAUUUCAAAUUGGAUAACGUUCACAGUAUUCUUUUAGAGUGCAUUUUUCUGUCCACACCUUUGCUGAAAGUAUUGAACGUCCUACUUUUCUUUUGUGUAUGUAUAUACAAAAAUAACAAAUAUAUAGAUGAAAAUACUAUCCUGGCCAGAAAGAUGUACAAAUAUUUAGUUGUAGGUGCUGACAGUCACAUACGUGUAAAUGACUUCUUAAUCUACACAAAUAUUAAUACAAAACUGUAUGGGCAUCAGCUGGAAUGUUUCACACUGUUAGGGGCUGAUGCAUAAGCUAUUCUAAACAGAGCAUGCAUGUAAUAAGAAUGUUUAAGGAUGGAUUUCUGCUACCUUCAUUAAUGUAACCGUUGAGUUUGAUUGGGAGAAUAUAUUUCAGAUUGCUUUCAUGCUAUAGAUUUAUAGACUUUAACAACCCAGGAAAACACCAAAUACCAAUAUUCUGAGUGUUCAUGCCAUGGCCCUUUAAUCCUUAAACAUAUUUAAAAGAUUGCUGAUGAGCUGAUCCAGCGAAACGUGUGUCAGGGGCUUUGAGGCACCGCUGUUUCCACCAACAGAUUGCAGUACUCUCUGGCUUUUUUAGGAAAUAUUAUUUGAAGUUCCGUUUUUGUGGCUUUUUCCACCACUCUCAUUAUUAUUUUGAAGUUUCUCCUUUUUAUUAAGUGGGUGGUGGUUUCUCUUUGGCGUUAUAAGUUAGGGUCAUUUACAGGGUUAAGGGGUGCCCUCGAAGGCACAAUAGGGACAGCUAUAUCUUUCUCCCCCCAAUAUACAAGUUCUACUAUUAGCCAAUUAUCUAAUUACUAUCCCACUAGCAAUUUUUUGUAAUUUCUGUCAUAUCUAUUUUGUUAUAUUUAUUUUGGCCAUGUGCCGAGUUACUUUGGUUAUUUUUCUUGUUCCUUGGCUACAUGCCUGAGAGCCAUGAGUCAUAGUGUUGCCAGAGUUUACAUAUAAAGUAUCGAUCACCAAUGUUCUAAAAGCAGUCACUUUGUUAUCCCAUUGAAUGAUACUUUUUAGUGAUCUGCUUUAGACCUUUUCUUUUGAUAUUUACCAUCUACUUUAUAGUGUGGAGCAGCCCUUGCUACUGUAAUGUAGAUUUUAAUAGUACUAUUAUAUGAGCACAAUCAUUUGCCAGCAACGCCAACACUGAACACUGCAGUUAUCCAGCUACAGCUUAAAGAUUUAUUUAUUUUUUAGUUUGACGGUUUUUGUAUUCUGUAUUUUAAAUGACAAACCAACUGAGAAUUUAGCACCAGCCGUUCCAUGACAUUUUUUACAUUGUCAGAGUAUAGCAUCAAUUAAUCCAUCAAAUAUGUCAGUUAGUCACUGUAACCAUAAGCAAAGAGUGACCAGGAUGUAACUAUCCAGAGCAGGGGUACCCAAAAAGCAGAUCCCCUGAGGUUUUAAAACUACAGCUUCCAUGAUGCUUUAUUCUAAAGGCAUACAAAGCAUCAUGGAAGUUGUAGUUCUACAUCAUCUGGGGAUCUGCCUUUUGGUUACCUCUGAUCUAGAGUGCGCGGGACAACAUCUUGGAUAAAGCAUUGUUGGUGAUGUAAUUACAUGUUUUGUUCUAUAUUCCAAACUGAAGAACAUUAGCUGGAGAGCUACCUGCAGUAUUUAACAUUAUUGUAUACUCCAGAGCUCAAAAUGUCCACUCGCCAUAGUCAAUUAGAAAUUUAUCCCUGGUGAGUGUGCCAUGGAUCCUCCAAGCUCGCAGUGACUUAACUUUUAAAGCCUGGCUAGUAGUAUAGGACAUCAUUUUUUUAAUUUUUGUCGUGCAUAAAGAUAUACAACAUAUCGGCUAUGCCCCAACAGCAUUAGCAAGCGUUUUAAGAUAUGACAUUUUAAGGUAAAUGACAUAAAACUGCAAGUCAUUUGAAAGAGCAUGCACAAAAUCAAUAAAGUAUGGAUUUAAUAGAGUGGUAGUCAAGCUGUACUAUGUGUGUCUGGUCAGAAUGCCUGGGUAAGCUAGGAAACAUAUAGUAUGAGAGACACAGAGAUUAGAACACCUAAGAGACACCAAGAUACUUGUAACGUUUCAAGUUAUAUAAUCAGAGUGUUCCUAUCUAAUGGCAUUAAGCUGAGGCAUCACAAGAAAUUUUAAACUAAAAGAGAAAACCAUAACUAUAAACAAAAACAAUAAAAUUGAUAUCGACCGUGGAGGUGUCAGGCAAUGUUAAUGAGGCGUGUUAAUUAGAGGGAGAAUAACGCCAGCUGGUAGGAGUCCAGGUUUCGGAUCAGCCGAUGCCACUUUGGGGCUUAGCAGAGUGUCGUUUCGGCAAAUCAGUUAUCAGGCAUAUGAGCCUGCUCGUGGGCCAUGGUCGUACCGUAGUGGAGUGUAGCAAUGAGCCCAGUUGUGGCCCCAGAGGUCCCUCUAGGAUGCUAGUCUGUCAGGAUACCGCAGGGUGGAUCCCACGUCUAAGCUGACCUGUAGCUAUGCAGCACCUGCUCCUGACAACUUGUGGUAGAUUAGACGUCUCCUCCGUUCUUGAGUUUGCCUCUGUCCUGUAGCCAGGUGUCGCCGCCGGAAUUUUCGAGAGGGCUGGGUUUGCUUCUCUGGGACACUGCAUCGUUGCUGGUGCUCACUGACCCUGUUCUGCAACCUCCUCCAGAAGUCAGCAAAUAUUUUGUUCAAUCUGGCUUCAAAAUUAAGUUAUGCAGUGCUGGGGUUAACGAGACACAUGGUCUCUGCCAUGUUGGAUGACUCUAAGAACUUUUCUCCAACUUCGAAGGGUACAUAACCCAUUCUUGUUGAAUCUCGGUCGCCUCUCAGGUGUGGACUGGGAUCACCCCCACAGGUCCAAGCUGUUGCUUGAAAGUGGUUGCUCCUGUGCAUCUCCAGGCCAGGAGUUGUCCGCCUCUCCCGCCCUGGUUGCACAAGGCCACAUCUGCCAACAUGCGAUAACAAAGCUCUUGACAAGGUGAUUACUGCAGCACAACUUGUCACUUAAAAUUUUAAACCCUGUUUAAUGUAGACGGUGAAGAAAAUGCUUGACGACACUCAAAUGGCAAACUGUUGCCAGGUCCACUUUGGCGGUGGAAUAAGACAUUUAAAAUAAAUAUAUAUAUAUAUAUAUAUAUAUAUAUAUAUAUAUAUUGAAUAGAUGUAGAUUGGAGUAUUUUAUUGUGCAACCAUUUUAACAUUCCUUGUGAAAUGCUGAGUCCAUAUGUCCCAGAUUAGCCCAUGGAAGAACGUUCAGGCACACCGUGAAUAGUUUACCUACAUGCAGUGGUGUAUCCUGGUUUUGUGCUGCACUAGGCACACACACAUUAACAGACACACACUCACUCAUUCACAUUAACACAUUUUUUUUAAUUUUAUUUACCCCUCUCCCCACCUCCUUACCUUUGGGAGUGCUGGGAGGGGGAGGGGGGUUCAUUACCUCCCUGGUGGUCCAGUGGUUGCCGGCUGGGCUGGGCAGGCGAGGGAGCUCUUCCCCUGAGUGGUCUGCUCAGCUCCCUCGCACGCCGCAAAGUGAGGCUGGGAGCCGGAAGAUGACAUCAUCUUCCGGCUCCCAGCCUCACUUUGCGGCGCGCGAGGGAGCUGAGCGGACCGCUCAGAGGAAAAGCUCCCUCGCCAGCCGCCUGCCCAGCGCCGUCUGCCAGCCCAGCACCCGGCCGGUCAGUUAGCCGCAAGGCUAACAAGGCACUUGCCUGGGCAUUUGGGGGGCGGCGUUUUUUGCCGCCCCCUGAAAAAGGCCGCCCAAGGCAAAUGCCUUGUUUGCCUCGUGGCUAAAACGCCCCUGCCUACAUGUUAAUAUUUGCAGUUUAUUAAUAAUUUGCUUGACUGACCACUCUACCAUGUGCCCUGUGUACCAUUCACUCAGUCAGGUUAUCUACUGCCACCUGGUGUCAAAUUAAGAAAUCAGAAAAUAUACACCUCAUUUCAAUAUGAACUGAAACUCAUGCAAAAAAUAAAUCAUGUCAAACGUUAAACAAAACAGAUAUAAAAAAUAUGUUUAGACCAGUGAUGGCUAACUUUGACACUAUAAGUUGUUUCUGGACUACAUUUCCCACGAUGCUCAGCUAGCUUUUAGAGUCUAAAAGCUAGCUGAGCAUCAUGGGAAAUGUAGUCCUGCAACAAUUGAUGGUGUCAAGGUUAGCCAUCAAGGGUUUAGACACAUUGGUCUUUUUCAGUUCCCUCAAUGUCAACAUUGCUUACUCCCAUUACCCAGGUCUCUCAGAUUCAGUACCUUUUAAAGGAAAACUAACUGCCCCAGGAAGCACCACUAGGAGCCGUCUGAGGAUUGCCCAGUGGAGUUAUCGCUCAGCUUUAAUGCAAACACUGCAUUUUCUCUGAAAAGACUGUGUUUAUUGCAAAAAAGCCUGAAGAGAAUGAUUCUACUCACCAGAACAAAUACAAUAAGCUGUAGCUGUUCUGUGACUAUAGUGUCCCUUUAAUUAAACAGUUUUAGUGUAUAGAUUAUGUCCCUCAAGACUCACUGCUCAAUUCUUUGCCAUUUGGGAGUUAAAUCACUUUUGUUUCUUUUUCUGUUUCUGUGCCCUGGCUACACCUCUCCUGGCUGUAGCAAACACAGCCUAGAUUUAAAAAAAAAAGUUUCAUUUUUAGCCAUACAUGACAGCACACUGGGUUCACUGUAGCAGUAUCUCCCUGGCAGGAGGCUCCUAUUAUUAGCAACCUAAUAAUAGAGCAGUUGAUAAUAAAUUCUGGAUUAAACAGACUGUGCCAUAAAGUAAGUUUAAAUAUUAGGUUGCUUUACUGGAAACAUGUAGGUCACAUUGCAGGGAAGUGUGACUAGGGCUGCAAAAAUUUUAUAAAUCCUAAAUGGCAGAAAACUGAGCAAUUAGACUAUAUACGCAUGAUCAAAUCAUUCCAUUAAGCUAAAGUUGUUUUGGUGCUUAGAGUGUCCUUUAAUUAUAGCUGUAAGUAAGAAUCUAUAGAGAGUAGCGAACAUGUUUGUAUAUGUCGAUCAAUGACAAUCAACAGCCUCUGUACCUUCGCUAGAGAAUGUAGCUUACAGGGAGGUGGGUGUGUUUUAUCUAAAAGAUGAUGCACCCACAUUAUCAGCAUGAUGAGCUAUGCAACUUAACUGAUCAGCAUGCAGAGGGGAUAAUUGGACUGACCAAUCACAUACAAUUUAGUGAUAAUGUAUGUCACCAUUCAGCAAGAUAAGACAAUAAUUGUAGGAUCAAGCUUUGUUUUUACUUAUUUGUUAAGACAUACCAAAGCAGAUACCAUCUAGGUGGAGAAGAGCUUCUUUCUUGGAAAUGCAAGUUUGGUUUUUUUUUAAGUUAUUGUUACUCCUGUCUCUGAGUGAGGGGGUAAUUUAGGGCAAGUGAUUAUAAAGGUCUGGAAAAAAAAGCAUAUUGUGUCAGUGACCUACAGAAUCUCACACAUUAGGCAUAUGUAGCUUGUUUCCUACUGAUGUUGCACGUUCAGAGCCAGCACAGUUGGAUUUUUUACAAUAAAGUUGCUUUGUGCAUCAGAUAGUCUCAUAAUACUUUUAAAUAUAGAUGAACUAAUUAGAGUGAAUAUAUCAGAUGUAGGAGAGCAACAGGGAUGGAUUAUUUUGUGAUUAUUAGGUAGGUUAUUCAGGCUAAUACAAUAGUCACAAAUUGCAACUUCUAAGAUUAAGCAAUGUGCUGCUUAAUCUGUAGCCAAAACAUUUUUAGGAAGAGAAGUGUGAUUUAUGUUUCUUAGGAACAGUUGAAAGAAUUUGUGAGAGUAUUGUUGAGUUUGAUAUUUUAUAAAUAUAGUGUUAUUGAAAUAUUUACAAGAAUAUCGCUCUUUUUUUCUAAAAGGUAGAUAUUAGUUAAAUGCUGUAUAGUAACAUAUUCCUUACAAACUUAAGCAUUGUACAGACUUAGAGAGACAUGCCGAGGCAAUACAACCAAUGUAUCUCAUUUUAAUGGUUAUGUUGCGAAUGCUAGUCUCUGGGUGCCCUGGGAGACAGCACCUCUCCUCAUCUGCAUUGAUAAUGUAUAAAUUCCACUUAUGCAAUAUAUGUCAAUUUUCUACAAGUUGGGCUACGGGGAUUUACUGAUUUGUAGCUUAUUGAAAUACUUGUUGCAACAAUUGGGCUUACAUUACCAAUCUGACUGUAGCCGAGUUUUUUUUUUUUUUUUUUCGAUUCCAUAAUAUUAGAAUAAAUAUUGUCAUUAAGAUUUCAGUUCACUGCAAUUCGAUGUUUAGUUAAUUAACCCUCACGUAUGCAUGUGCUAAAUAUAUUAUUAGCACAUUCUAAAUUCCCAACAGUAAUUCUAAACACAAUACACUAGCAUACGAACUAGCCCAGGCUAACGCCAAACCUGCACUCGUCUCUCUUGACAGGUGUAUUUGUAAUUGCUGACUUACUGCCCUGAACGAUACUGGUUUAUAAUCGUCGUGGCAGGACGAGGAAUGCAGUUUUUAUUAUAAUUAGAGAGGAGUGAUGUGUACAGGAAGAAUAGAUAAAUGUACCCUGCAGGGACAUUCAAUGCUAAUUCCUUAUACACACCCUGAGUCUCUGCUCACAAUCCGUGGGUGCUCUAACUGCAAUGAAGCUCGGUGGUUCAGCAUUCCCGGCCAUGGCUGGCUAAGCUCGGUGGAUCAGCGCAGUUAUUUGUUGUUUUGUUUAUCGCUGGUAGCCGCACGGUGCGGGUUAAUGGGAGAUGUGGCAGCUCCUUGUAACACGUGGCUUCACUUCCGGGUGGCGCGCCUAACUGACGUAUCCGGUUCGCAAGAGGUCACGGAGUGUUGACGUGUUGUUAUGACAGAAGGCGAAGUUCAGCGCUGCUGAGGCUGCAGGAAUACGGUGGAAGGUGAGUGUAGCCUGUCUGUGUGUUGGUUCAGUGGGCUUUCUGUUUGUGUGUGUGUGUGUGUGUGUGUGUGUGUGUGGCAGGGGAGGAUAUUCUGUAAUAGUGAAUGCUGGGAGGGGGGCUCUAUCUGGGGACCAGGGGUGGAGGGUGUACUGUGUGAGUUGUGUGUUCUGGGGGAUGCUGUGUGAGUUGUGUUCUGGGGGAUGCUGUGUGAGUUGUGUUCUGGGGGAUGCUGUGUGAGUUGGGUUCUGGGGGAUGCUGUGUGAGUUGGGUUCUGGGUGCACUGUGUGAGUUGGGUUCUGGGUGCACUGUGUGAGUUGGGUUCUGGGUGCACUGUGUGAGUUGGGUUCUGGGUGCACUGUGUGAGUUGGGUUCUGGGGGAUGCUGUGUGAGUUGGGUUCUGGGGGAUGCUGUGUGAGUUGGGUUCUGGGGGGCGCUGUGUGAGUUGGGUUCUGGGUGUAGUGUGUGAGUUGGAUUCUUGGGGGUUCUUGGGGUGCUGUGUGAUUGAAGGUCUGUGCACUCUGUGUGUAAGUGACUAUUGCUAGAAUGACCGCAUGUCUCAGGAAGACAGUGGAAUGGAUACUUAGUUUAUUAAUAAGAUUUUAGGAGAACAGGCUGCACCAUAUGACUCAGUGAUGUUACUGUGUGAAAUCCUAAACUAUAGAAGCCUGGAAAGAUGUAGAAUUAUUUUGUGCUAGCUCUUAGCUGAAGCAUGAAUGCCACUAGCUGAAAGAAUUAAAAAAAAAUGUGCAGGACACUGAGGGAUUAGAAUGGUGAAACUGGACAUCAUGUUGAAUGAUGGAAAAUGUGAGAUAGUAAGGGAUGUUGUAUUAAGGUUUGGAUACAUGACAGUACCUGAUACAAUGUUAGCAGUGACUGAUGUUGAUAGAGGGGGUGAUAUGCAACACAGCGCUCUGUUAUACGUGAAAUCUACCACUCAUUGGUAUUUGUGACACUGUUUAGUAUAUGUGAGUAUGUUGCAUAAGCAAUUAAAAUCAGUGCACAUACUCCACAGUAAAUACCCUUCACUGAGAAACUAAUGGUGCUAGCAGAUAGGAUAUCACCUUGCUAUUAGUGUUCUGAUGAGCGUGAGUGUGUUUGUUUCUCUCAAUCUUAGUAUGGGAGUCUUUUGCUUUCUCACUGUCAGAGUUGAAAAGAACAUAUUAUUGCAGUACGUUGGUCUCUGGGAGGCCUGGACUUGCUCAGGUGUACAAGGUUCAUUGGUUGCCUACCAUGGAUGUCAUUGAGCCGGAGGAUCUCACAUCUUCCUCAUCCUCAUCAGUGGAUGUGGAAGCGGACUCAAGCCUCCUAGGCUCUCUUCCCAUCUUAUACUCUGUCAUGGUCACCAGGUGUCUCCAGGUUAGUAUUUGUUUCUGUGUGAGCUAGUGGUAGAACAUGUUGAUAUUGUAGGACCUUCGUGCAAUUAACGUCGGAAGCCCUUUCCACCUUUCUGAUAACAUGAUGAAAUCUGUAUGUGCUGUAUGUGCUGUUUUCAUCCAAUACUGCACGUUAUGUCUUUUCUCUAGGGAAUGUAUGGCAAAUUCAAUACCGAUAUUUGUUUGUGAUUAUUAUAAAACAUAUAUAUAUUUGUUUUACAUAGUGCUUAUACAUUGCUUUCUCCUGCUUUCUACGGCCUAAUUUUGUUUUACACUCAGUAACCUUGCUUAAGUGCCCAAGCAGAAGAGGGACAGUGACUCAGCGUAGAUAAUUAAACUGAGGCUCAGAGAUUCAGAUUUGCAAUCAUCUAAACUGGAUGGGCACAUUCUGUGCAAUUCUCUAAAGUAGCCACUGACUUGUGUUUAGUAAAUACACAAUUUUUUCAAAAAAUAUUAAAAUAAACAAUAUUACUGAAAGAGUAAUGUGAGGGGAUCUCAAGAAAAACUUGUCAGACCAUUCUUCAUAAACUACCACCUGCUUAAGAAAUUGGGAUGAGCCAUUUCUGUUCUAAAAGUCUGUAUAUUUUGUGGUACUAAGACACAGGUUUGAGAUCCUCUGAUGUGAGGUGUAUCAAUACAGACUUUGAAAAACAGUGAAUUGGUCUGCCAAUAUUCAUGAUGUGUAACAUGGAAAAUCUAUUUCACUGAUUCUACAGUUGCAGUACGGAAUGUUGCCAUAAGUAGGAUGUGCUAAUUCCACAUAACCAUCUAACACCUCCUUUUAUCAGAGGGUCUGGGGUCCUCUAUAUUUAAUGUAGCUAUUUGCCCACUGACCGCUUACACAAUCAGUGGACAAAUAUUGUGAAGUUCUUUCAAUUCAGCUGCAUGAUACAGGGGAGCAGAAAUCUCAGAAUUUGACUCUAGCAUUGCCAGGUGUGAAGCAAAUUGGUCAGCUAUCACAGUUUUAUAAAAGUUAAUUUGUACAACAUUUGGAUUAUGUCUUUUCUCAUUUUUAUUUUUAGCUGACACGUUUGCUCUGAGCUGUAUGAGUACGUUUGGCGUAGUCCUCCUGAAUUAACUUAACUUCUAAAUUGCAUUUCGCAAGUAUUGGAUUUGCAAUUCUCAUGAAAAGUUUCCAGCAUUUUUCUAAAUUCUAGGGCAGCAUGUUCCUUUCCCAACAUGUAUGACUCAGCAUUUCAUGCUUUUUAAGAUUAGAAAUUGAGAGUCCUACAAUUAUAUAAUUCCAACCCACAAGGUAGUGUCUGUGCUUUAUGAAUAAAAUUACUGCCAACAAAAUGUACCAGUGCAUGCGCUGUAUUAAAAUAGGUGAUAUUAUUAUUGCAGAGGAUUAUGUGAAAAUAGGUGCAACUCUGAAACAUGACUAGUUUUAUGCUUCCUGUUAUUCUCAACCAACGACAGAAUCUGAUAAUUGCUCAAGCUAAUAACCAAUUAUAAUACAUUAUUUGUUGCUUUUAUAUUUUAUGUAUGCCAUGCUGUACCCUGAUGCUACUUGCUUGUAUGCAUGGGCACGAAAGUAUUUAUGGGAAGCACUUGGAAGUACAAUAGCAGUAUGUGUAUGGUAUAUUUACCUUAUCAGAACAGAUAUCUCCUCCAAUACCACUUCAAUAGUUUUACUGUAGCAGGGUAAAAUGAAACUGUCACCAACAGAAAGGAAACCUUUCCUCUUUCAGAGCCGACAUAUAUACAGGGUUAAGCACUAAGGGGAGAAUUCAAGCUGAAUUUUAAAGUAAAAUUAAAAUUUAAGGUCAAACUAGCUGCACUGGAAGCAUUCUCUAAAUCAGCUAUGCUGUCCAUUCAGCUACUCUGGUCUUACAUUUUAGUGAAUGAGACUGCUAUGGUAGGUGGAAAACAUCACAGUUGAUAAAUGGUCUGUGUAUAAGGACAUCACUGUCUUGUUUCAUCUCUUGGUGCUUCUUCCACAUUCUCCUGUACAGUGCUACGUGCAAACUGUUUCACAACCAGGGACGGAAGUGAAAGCACUCUAACCUCUUUCUGCUGAAACACCACAUUUGUACAACAAUGUUCUUCUAAAUUGAAAGACGUUGCUAGGGUUCUGUUUAUCCUUCUCUCGUCUGCCCUUGCUUUUGUGCUAUUUAAUCUACACAUGUUUGUGUGAAGCAGGAUUUCGUUUCAGACUUAGCAAUGAUAUAUUCUUUGUGUUUCUGUGAAUAUUUGCUUGUAUAGAUUUUGUCAAUAAAGUGGUCUUAUGUAUAGCACAGAAACCUGUAUCUUAUAGCAUGCAUAUUAUUCUAUGUGCCCUCUUUUUUUUUUUUUUUAAUAUAUGUUUUUUGCUUUCUUUCUUUUUUUUUCCUUGCUUACCGCAUGUAGAGUUUGAAAAAAAAAAAUUGUGUACUGCAAGGUUCAUGCUGAUUAAUGCUUUAUAUUUUGUGGCUCUUUUUGAAGAUAAAUGGCUAAGAUUUUGUUUUGUUGUUUCUUUUUUUGUCUUGUGAUUUUUGGAUACUAUUUUACGAAAAUAUUUAUCCUUCCAUGUUUCAGUUAAUAUCUGCACUCCCUGAAGAUCUCAGACCUGGUGCGGAUUUCCAUGGUGUGCAAUGGGAAGUGGUCAUCUCAACUUUGUCAGUGGGCAUAAUCACUGUAUUCAUUUUCUUCUGGAGAACCUGCCUCUCCGUAAGUGGUUUGAAAACAUUAGCCUAGUAAUUGUUUUCUGCUACAUCCUAAGUAUCAAGAUAUUUUGUUUACGUAUUAUUUAUUCAUGUGCUUUGCACAGGUUGUCUUAAGUUAGCAUAUCAGAAAUCCCCUAAGCCAGGGCUCAAAAUUUCAACUAGUCUUCGGCGAGUGAAAAUUCAGCCUUAGUGAGUGUACCAUGGAUCCAGCAGUCUAUGUAUUGGAAAAUCUCUGAUUGGACAAUCUCAGAAAGUCUGGGAUUGGUAGGAAGAGCAGCGCUUGUAAAGGUUUAAGACGAGAUCUGCAGCUUUUGCAAGCUGUUUUUAGAUAUACCCCCUAAUGAAAAAAUGCAUAAUUAAAUGCAUGCACAUUUGCAUUGCGUUAUAUAUACUAAACAGUGAUUUUUAUUUUAUUUUUAUUUUUUUAUUUGGACAGUGACGUGUUCAUUAAAGCUAAAAUUAUUUUGGUGCUUAGAGCAUUCCUUUAAGUUGUAGCUAAAUUAAAUUAUUUUAAAGAUUUCAGAUAUUUUAUUUUACAUCAAAAUAAAAAAAAAAGAUUAAAACAAAAAAACAGACGACAGAUCCAUUUUCACAAUAAUCGAUGACGACUAUGCAGUGGUACAGUAUUAUUUAGUGGCAUCACAGAGUUUGGUAAUCAAGUGGUAUUUUCCGUAUCUGGCAUGGUGUCUUUAUAGAACAAAAUGGUAAUGGGUAAUAUUUUAGGGUGCAAAGUCAAAUAUCACUGCCCCAACAGAUUCCCUUUACUUUACUUUACAUACAACCACAAGUUCAACUGCUUGGACCGACUCACUGUGUAACCAGUGUAGAGCAUUAGUCUAGAAAGCUUUUAUUAGCACCUCAGUAAUCCUACUUGCUAAGGGAUACCUUUCAUUUACUGGCAUUGCUACAAACUGUGACCUUUGUGUAGAUCCAUAGAUAAUAAAGUGUUCUCUUUGCUACUAACACUCUGUCCUAUAUACUGAUUCUAUUUUUAUUUUUUUCCAGGUUAAAAGCCGAAUUUAUCAAGGUAAUGAUUGAAUUUCCUACUACUAUUUAACUUGGCAUUCUGUCAUUUAAACCCUGGGUUACUUCAGCCAUCCCAAAUAUAAUAGUCAUUUACUAAAGUGGGAAUUAUCAGGAUUCAAAGCGAAUUUCAAAUGUAAGGAUAGAAUAGCUAAACUGGAAAUUUUAUCCAACUACGCCAUGCUUCCUAGUUUGGAUUUUUGUGGCCUUUAAUGUGAACAUAGAAUUCCUGUAAAUGUUUCAGAGUAUCUCACAUAAUCACCAUGACUAAGCAGGGUACUGUAGGAAAACAUUUUUUUAUUAUAAAUGUAAUUUGUUGCCAUUAGUUUAUUUUAUUUUUUUGAAAGUGUUCACAAAAGGUUUGUGCAAACUUAUAAUGGCAUAAUAAAUCAUUGUAGUGUAUUGUUUAAGAACAUUAACAUUAAAUAAAGAAAUUUUUUUUUUUUUUUUUUUUUUACAUAAGUAAAAUGGCUAACCUAAUAAAUGGUACUUUCCCCAAGUAAUUUGCACUACAUGUUUGUACCAAUUUUGAUUAUUAUUAUUGUUUUUUUUAAAAAUGAUUUUCAAUUUGCUCUGUUUUCCUGUCUAUUACAUAGAUCAUUACCCUAUAUGUUGUCUAAUUGAUUUACAUCUGCUUUAUCCUGUAUUAAUUAACAAACCAUAUCAGUUCUAUUACUAGAUUAAAGUAGAUGUGGUUUUUAUUUUAACAGUUGACACUGGGUGGUAGUGAAACCAUUUGUAUAAUUAAUAGCUGUACUUUUCCAAGGCGCAAACCACCUGUACUGUUAGCCCAGCUGCUGGUUACUGUUUUAUACUGUAUUUCUUUGAAAACCACAAUGGUUUGUUUUCUUUCACAAAAUAUAAACCAUCCCUUACAUAUAAACGAAUUGCCAACGUGUCUGCUAAUGGCAAAUAUCUAAAUUCCUCAUAUUGUAUAUUUAUUUUAUCUGGGUAUACAAUGCAGCCUUCCAUGAAUUUUGAGUUUAUGUUAUGUUGUUUUAGUUUUUGCUAUUUUGUUUGUGUGAGUGUUAAACAAACUAUUUGGAUUCUUUUUGUUUAUUUGUUCUGUUGUUGUUUUUUCUCAUUUAGUGAAUGAAAAACAGCUUGCUGAGAAAAUAGCAAAUCUAAUGAAGGAAAAGAGCGAGGCUUUAGAGAAAAUAUCGGAGUACGAGAAAAAGGUAAUUACAAUUGUCAUAUAUUCUUUCAGUUUUAUUAAAAUCUUGUGGUUUUAUUUUACAUUUUUUAUAUUCGUAUUUAUUCAGGGUUUUGGUUUAUGUUGUCAUCAUUUUUAAAAAUUUUUCCCAUAGGUUAAAGAAACCAAAGAGUCUGAAACAUCUACACAGCAAAAGAGCACAGAUCUGUUAAAAGAAGCUAGAUCUCUUAAGGUAAGAAAUGUUUUGUUUUAGUUUUUUUGGGGGGGAGGAGUUAAUGAAAACUUAAAUAUGCUCUUGAAAUAGAUUUGAAGAUAAACUUUUUUUUCAUUUUAAGUUUUGCUAAAACCUUUUCCAUGGGCCCAUCGUGGAAGAUGGGUUGGAUGAAUAUUCACAGAUCAGUUCUCUGAUUACUUCCCUUUUUUUAUUCUCCUUUUUUAAACGUGUGUGUGUGUGUGUGUGUAUGUGUGUGUGUAUAUAUAUAUAUAUAUAUAUAUAUAUAUAUAUAUAUAUACUGUAACCUCGUUUGAGCAGAGUCUUCUUCAACCUAUCGUUCCAGUAAGGUUUCUUGUAAUUGUCCUAUUUAUAGUUAAAUCCCCCCUCUUAUAAUAUUGUAAAGCGCUACGGAAUCUGUUGGCGCUAUAUAAAUAGCAAUAAUAAUAAUAUAUAUUAAUAAAAAUUUAUAAUCAUUCAGAUUCUGUCGAUUUAAGACCAGCUCUAGGUUAGCAUUUGGGAAGCUGACCGGCCCACUUUAUAAUGGUUGCUUGAACACACAAUCCGUAUCUUGUUUUGAUACAUGCAUCUAAAAGAUUUUUGUUUAGUGAAUUUUUAUUUGGGUGCAUCAGAUAAACUAUCCCAAGUGAAUUACUGCUCACAAUGCAUCUGGCCAGCAAGUGACAUAUUAAUUUUAUAUUCUUCAGUCAUUUAUUUUUUCUUUUACAGGCAACAGUUAAAGAGUUGAAUGCUAACAACAAAACACUUGAUUCUAAAAUGAGGGAUUUAAUGUCUGAGCUAGAUGGUCAAAAAGAAGAGAACAAGAAAAAACAGGAAAUGGUAAGACAUGAAGACCACGAACAAGAUGAUUUCUUGGAUCUUUUCGUUUGUUUAUUUUUUUAAUCUUUUAUAUACGUAGUCUUUUUCAAGGGUGUCUGGCUGUGGCUGUCAUGCUGUUUAUUUUAUUUAUUUUUUUUAAUGUGGGAAUUUGUAGUGCUACAGCUGAAGGGCAAGGCUUGACACCCCUUUAUAUCCUUUUUUGUUUUUAACUUGUUAAAGCACAUAGAUUUUGACUAACACAAUAUACCGUGACUGAGAACCAAGAAGAGUCAAAUCUGUUUAAUACAUUAUGCAAUGUAAGUGCAAGGCCUUUGUACAAACUUUUUUUUUUUUUUUUUGUUAGCUUUAUGAAGGGCACAAAACUAUAAAACGACUUGAAGAACAGUUUGAGCAACAUGCAGCUGAACUUUCAGAGGUAAACCGUUACUAUUUUUUGUAAGAUUUAAUUAGCAACAUUUAUCUUUCCUUCUGGAUACAAUAUUCUUCAUAGACCAGAGGAAGUGGGGUAUUCGGAAGAGUAAACUUGCUUGUGCAGGGUCUUUGUCAUUUAAUUUUUCUGUUUGAAUUUUCUUUGUAUUCUUUUCUAUGCACUGGUUACUCAUUGUACAACUCUGUGAAACCUAUUGCUAUUUUUAUAAACCAUUGUGUAUAAAUAUUAGAUAUGUAUGCUCUUCACAUUUUUCGCUGUCAUGCCCCUGUUGUCAUCCCUGAUUCUGUGUUUUAAACUGUUUUUGUGUAGUUUAACAAAACAGGGAAUCCCUCAGGGGCCCUUGCUUGGCAUAUUGCUGUUGUGCAAGUUACAUUUUCACAUUAGUAAUAUCAACUCCCAUCCAUAUUUGGGCAGCAUUCAUUGGCUAAGCUCAUCAGAUGACACACAGUCCUUGUAUGCCAUCCAAAAGUGAUAUUAUUUAUGCAGAAGUGUUAUCUCCACAAGAGCAAUAUUCCAAGCGAGGGCAGGGCCCAUAGAUGCCCUGAGCAUCCUCAAUUGAUGUGAGGCUACUCAAAAACAAGUAGGGCACUGCACUAGGGAUAUGCUGGCACUGUAGCCACCACUACAGUGGGCUUUAGUGGUUAUGGUACUUAUGGUGCACAUUUUAUAGGACGAGUUUUAAUUUUUAUUUUUGUUUUGUUUUAUAUUUGCUUGACCAUUAUUAGUGUUGUUUUAAAGGGGCAAUGUAAGCACUGUAACUGCACCAUCUCAUUGAAGUGGUUAUGGUGUCCAGGUUUCACUGACACAGUCCUUCCAUUCAAUGUUAAACUGUUUUUAAUGUUUUAAUGAAAAUCAGAGUCCCAUGCAACCCAUCCCCUCUGUGCUGCUUGGGCUUAUGAGGAAGUGUUUGACAGAGGCAAUGGUGAUUAACUGAGAUUGUCAGAUGACUACUUGUAUUCUGUCUCAGCCACUAGUGCUGGUAUGAAUUUGUAUGGCUAGAAAGAAGUGUGUUAUCUCUGCUGUAGCCAUACCUCCAGUGGGGGCUGGGCAGUGGAUGGCCAGGGAUCCUCAUUAAACUGAUUUAAAAAACUGUUUUACACUGAAUGGAAGGACAGUGCAGGGGACACCAAGCACUAAAACCAAUUAAAUGAGAUGAAAUGGUUAUAGUGUCCCUAUCAGUCCAGCCCUCUCUUCUCCCCUAUCCACUAUAAAUGAUUACAUUACAAGCUUUGUUCGUGCAUUUUUCGUUUGUUUUUCGUGGUGUACAAUGUAUAGAAUCUUAUAUUUGUGUAUGUGUUAUAGUUCCAGAUUGCCUUAAAUGAGUCAAAAAUGAGAGAACAGAAGGUCCGAUCAGAUCUGCGCGGUGUGCAGGAGGAGAAUGCCAGACUGAAGGAAAGGAAGGAACAGGUAUGUUCCUGAUCUGCUUGUUCUGUGUAGCAUGGGCUUUAAAUCAAAACUGAAGCACAAAGUGACACAGAGGCAAAAAAAAAACCCAAAACAACAAAACCUAGUGUGUCUUUUAAGGAGUGUCUUUUUUGUCAAUAGAAAUAAAAAAGGAUUUUGAGCCUCAACUAGCCUCUUUACGUGGCACGAGGUAGUCAAGUACCUUGCCAACACAUUAGACAAAUCAUAGAAGUAGUCUACAGGUUGAUCACACUGCACUAAAACUCCCACUUUACCCGAUUGCAAAUUGCUCCGUUAUAAGGAUAAGACCUGAUUCACAAGUCGAACAGGCACAGUACAGAUAUUUGUCUGCUACACUAAACAUCAGUGUCAUUGUGUCCAUCCAUUAAUAUUCUUUUACUGUUCUGUGUGUUUCAGCUGUUAAAAGAAGCAGAGGGUUGGAGUGAGCGACAGCGGGAGCUGGAUGAACAGAUACAUCUGCAGCAGAAAUCUCACAAAGACAUGGAGGAAGCUCUGGCUUACAAGGAAAAUGAGAUAGAGGUUUGUGUUUGUGUUUGUUUAAUUUUAGUAAAAGUAUGAUUGCUUGCUAUUGCUGUACUGCAACCUAAAGAUUGGCAGUUGCCUACGAACAUGUUGUCUACGAUAGCAGUGUUCUGUUUAAAGGAACUGCUUCCCAUUGAACAGAUUGUAACUGACGUGGUCUAUUAAAUCAUAUCAGUCAUCACUGCAGUGAUAGUAUGUUUAAUAGGACCAGUUACCUGUGGCCAAAUCCAGUUAAUCAGCAUUGUUUGCCAAUGCCAGUUCAGAAAAUCUCACUUGAAUUAUAGCCACUAAUGGCUGUACUAAGUGUUCUCAUAUGCCUCUCAUUAAUACUUGUGGGAAAACAUUUCAUACACAUUUUAAAAACUUCGCUUUCACACUCAUUUUCUAAUUGCAAGUGAUAGUAAAGGGUGACAAGAGGAGAGAGAAUCUGUCCCAAAUAGAUGGCAAAAAAUAAAGAAUUGUUAAAAUCUUUAAGAUACUUUUAUUAUGAAAUUCAAAAACAACGAACAAACACAUGCUACACUUUCCACACUAAAAUAGUGUGGUAGUGUGUUCUAAAUGAACUAGGUAGACAAGAGUGAGGAUAAUAUACAAUUGGAUGGGGGAGUGAAGAACAAAUAAACAGAUACAGACUGGGUGGAGAUAAAACUCCAGGGUAUAAAGAUACACCCCAGUAGAAUAGCUGCGAGAGACUGUGUGCCUAGAUAAAGGAUACACAGUAGUUAAUUCAGUACCAUGUAAUGAAAUAAUGUUAGAAUGGUAUGCCAGAAAAUGUAUCAGGGAGAUUGAUACUAUUGAAAUGUUUUACCGAUGUACUAUAUUCCGAAGCUACAAGUAAUCCGAUAUAUCACAGGUGUUGAGCUGCGUUACUCAGUAAAUUGCCAUCUGAGAUUCUGACAACACGACAUAGAUGCAUUUGAAUUGUAUCAAUCUCCCUGAUACAUUUCUGGCAUACCAUUCUAACAUUAUUUCAUUACAUAAUUACAUAAUUGUAUAUUAUCCUCACUCUUGUCUAUCUAGUUCAUUUAGAGCACACUACCACACUAUUUUAGUGUGGAAAGUGUAGCAUGUGUUUGUUGUUUUUGAGUUUCAUAAUAAAGUAUCUUAGAGAUUUUUAUUUAACAUUUUUUUCUUUUUUGCUAUCUAUUUGGGACAGAUUCUCUCUCCUCUUGUCAUUACUCACCCUAGGGUUACCCCCUUAUCUGAUCCCACCCCAUUACAUGUGUACCAUUGUUGGGCCAUCAGCUUUAAAAUUUGAUAGUAAAGGGUGGUUGUGGUUCUUAACUAAACAAUCUAUGCAUCUGUUUUCAUGGUAGAAUCCUGGAUGCUUAUAUGUAAGGUGGAUGAGAUGAGAUGUUUGUGUUUGUAUUUGUAUUCCUUACACAUCCCCUUCUUUUUCAAAAUAUGUGCUUGAUGCAGGGGACAGCAUGUCUGCCUCAUUUGUUCCACUUAAAAACUCUGUGCCUAUCGUUUGUUGUUUAAAUUUCACAGCAAAAUGAGUUCUUAGUAGGUUAGCAGAUUAUUUUGUUUUUGAAAUAAAUAUAUUCAGAAUCAACUAUCAUAGCCAUCUAUAAACUGACUUACUGUGACCUUCCUCCAUAGGUUUUGACAAAUUGCAUUAUGCAGUUAAAACAGUUUGAAGAAGAUUCCGCUGGUGAUGAAGGAAACUGGCAGGAAUCAGGAGAUGGGGAACUGGCGAAUGGAGAACUUCCAGGUACUCUAACCUUAAGGAGAUGCCACUUUUUUUUCUUCAAGCAAAGUACAUUUUUGCAGAGAAUUUGUUGUCAGUGAUGUGGAAGAAGAACAAAGCCAGUUCAUCCUUCAUAUUGCUGUAACCAGCAGUACCCUGUUGUUAAUGAGUGUGGGACUUGGCUUUCUCUGUAUGUGGCAUUGCCAAGUAUAUUUACAUGUGGUACACGUGUGCUGAUUAUGUCACAACCAGUUCUAUAUGCUGGUACAUACGAGAAACAGCAUUGUCACAUAUAAAAUAUUAAAUUAAAAAUUCAAGUGAUUAGGGGUAUUUUGGCAUUUACAUGGUGCUGCAUAUAAAACAAAUGCUUAUUAAUUUACUUCCAGACACACGCAAGGAGAAAAUGAAGACACAGAUCAAGCAAAUGAUGGAUGUUUCAAGGGUAUGUUUCAUUCCAACUGUUCUGAUAUGUGUGUUUGGAGAUUGAAAUCAAGUCUCCUGUACAAUACAUCAUAAGCAAAAAAAAAUAUCUAUAAAACUAUUUAGUAGUACUUAAAUGCAUACUUUUAUGACCAUGGGGUUUGUACAUUUAAUAAUUUUAAUUGUGGUAAAUAAUCAUUGUGAAUGCAGAAUAUGGUGCACAUUGCAGAUUUUGAGAGCUUGUUAAUUCAGUAUAAUAAACAACAAUGGCUAACCUUGGCAUGGCAAGUAUUUGUGUACUGCAUGCCCUACGAUCAGUGAUGUAUUUUUUGGUUUUGUGCGGCAUGACUAAACCUGGGAACCCCCUAAUCUAAAUUUGCCCCACGCUACCCCUGAUUAAGAACCCACCCCUUCAUCUUUAGACUCAACCUUUUCCUACUCCUUUUUAAAGGGAUACCAUAGUGCAAGGAAAGCUUUCCUGGCACUAUAGUGCCCCCCGCCCUCCUGUUCUCCCUCCCCCUCCUCCCCCUCACUCGGCACUGAAGGGGUUAAAACUACUUCAGUCAUUUACCUGAAUCCAGCGCCGAUAUCCCUCCGCGCUGGGUCUGGCUCCUCCUCUACGCUUACAUUAGACUUCCCCAUAGGAAAGCAUUGUAACCGUUCUUUCCUGUGGUGAUUUAGCAGAUGCUGGUUGUCCUCAUGCACAGCAUGAGGACGUCCAGCAUCAGUUAGGCAACUUUUGGUCGCCUAACCACCCAGAAGAAGUUAACCCCUCAAGGUAAUUAUUGCAGUUUCUUAGAAACUGCAAUAAUUAAACCUGCAGGGUUUAGGAGAGUGGGACACUGCACCCAGACCCCUUAAAUGAGCUGAAAUGGUCUGGGUGCCUAUAGUUUCCUUUUAAGCACACACUCUGACAGGCACACACACAGACGUCACUGACAGACACAGACUCUCUGAUCUGACACACUCAUAAAUUAACAGACAUACGCAGACUGACACACUCAUUGAAAGACACACACUGACCGUCACACACAGACUCAAUGAAAAAGACUCUCUCUGAUUUGACAAUUACAUUCACAUGCACACUCAGACACACACACAUACACUCAGUCACUCACACUCAUACAGACACACACACUCAUACAGUCACACUCACACUCAGACACAUGCACACACAUUCACAGACACACACAUACAUUCACAGACACACACAUACACACACUAAUUGUUAAUAUUAUUAUAAUACUUAAAAAAAUUUCACCCACCCUUCCUACCUGUUGUUGGGGGUCCAGUGGGGCUGCUGUGAGAGCUGUGCAUGUGGCUGUGUUAAAAUGAAAGGCGGCGAGGGAGCUGUGAUCUCCCGCUUUGCUCCAUCGCACGUAGCGGGCCAUCUACUGAUGCCAGGAGCUGGAAUUGCUUCAUAUUCGGCCUCAGCAAUAGGCGCACGAGGGAGCAGAGCAGGGAGAUCUCAGCUCCCUUGCCACCUUUCAUUCUAACACAGCCGCAUGCCCCCCCAUGACAGGGGGAAACACUGGGGGUGGUAUUUUUUUGCUGCGCAUUGGUUAGUGCUGCCCAAGGCAAAUGCUUAGUUUGCCUUGGGCUAAAUCCAGCAAUGCCUAUGAUGCUUAGCCAGCCACCAUUAAAAAGUAUAUUAAUCGAUUUUUGAGGCUGCUUAAGUUUCCAGAAAAAUGUUAAGCCAUUUUGUUUUUAAAAACUCAUGUACUCUGGGUUUUAGGGAAAAAAGCCAAUUUUUACUAACCUGGGUCUCUUUAAUAACAGGUAAAAACCACUUUAUCUAUAAUUGAAGAAGAAAAAGAUCUUUACCAAAGAAAGCUGAGUGAUGAAAUUAGUGCACGACAUGAAUUGGAAGGUAAGUUUAACCACAACCGAGUUAUUGUACCAGUCGCCCGCAGUGUGAUUGAUUCGCAUCUAGCAUGAUCGAACUGGCCCUGGAUGGGAAAUUAUAAGAUUGAUCAUUUAACAGUACUGAUAAAAGGACUAUAUUCCAUAAUUUGCUUCUGAGAAUCUUCUACAUUUUUUUUCUCUUUGAUAUUCCCACUAGUAAAUAUAUAAUCUUAUUGCUAAUUACAACCGAAUCUCUGUAUAGGAUGUCCCUUCCCAGCACAGAAGGGUAGUAUGAUAUCAUUCAGAUUGUUUUAUGACAACCACAUAGAGCUAUUGGCCCCCAGGCUAAAAAGAAGAGAAAAAAGAAAAGGAAGAUUAAUCAUAACUAGUGCCCUAGUUAUCCCCCCGCCUCAGUAUGACUGGCAUGUAUGGAGUGUGAUUGAACUAGGUCAAGUGGGAACGCUAUAAGAUUCUACAUGUCACAAUACUUAUGUAGGACUACACUUUUUAUUUCCUUUUUAUGGUCUGAACUUAUACAUUAUUCUUGCAUCUUAAAGGACCACUAUAGUGCCAGGAAACCAUACUCGUUUUCCUGGCACUAUAGUGCCCUGAGGGUGCCCCCACCCUCAGGGACCCCCUCCCGCCCGGCUCUGAAAAGGGGAAAGGGUUAAAAACUUACCUUUUUCCAGCGCUGGGCGGAGAGCUCUCCUCCUUCUCUCCUCCUCCUCUCCGUUCCUCCUCCUGGGCUGAAUGCGCACGCGCGGCAAGAGCUGCGCGCGCAUUCAGCCCGUCGCAUAGGAAAGCAUUUACAAUGCUUUCCUAUGGACGCUUGCGUGCUCUCACUGUGAAAAUCACAGUGAGAAGCACGCAAGCGCCUCUAGUGGCUGUCAGUGAGACAGCCACUAGAGGAUUAGGGGAAGGCUUAACCCAUUCAUAAACAUAGCAGUUUCUCUGAAACUGCUAUGUUUAUAAAAAAAUGGGUUAACCCUAGAAGGACCUGGCACCCAGACCACUUCAUUAAGCUGAAGUGGUCUGGGUGCCUAGAGUGGUCCUUUAACUUAAAUGCAAUCCCCAUCGUUGACCCAGUAUAUUUAGGGUACAACAUCUGCUUGUUUAAUGGAUUUUCGUAUAAAGAAAGUUUUAUAUGUAAUUGAGUUAUUGUAAAAACUGCAUCAUUUAAAUGUCUUGUUGCUUUUGCAAUUUGGUGUGGCAUUUGCUUAUAUUUUACAAAUCAAAAAACACCAAGACUGAGGUUUAAUGAUUUCAUGUAACGAUCCAGUUUAAACACAAAAUGUAAUCUCGAUUUUAUUAUUUAUUUUGUUGAAAGGGGAUUAGAGAUCCCUAAAAAUUACAUACAACUUACAAAAAAAGUAUUUUUUUUUUCUAUUGAUUUCGUAACCAAUUGCAUAAAUAUUUGCUGUUUAGAUAUCAAUGAUCACUUGGUAUCCCUUGUCUUGACAUUCUUAUGAAAGGGUUUAAGUUAUUUGCAAAGUUCAUACCAUAGUUAUGACGCUGUAAAUGCUAUGCAGUGGAAGUUGUUUUAAAUAUGGCUUUUUUAUAUGUGAAACUGAUAUCUGAACAGCAACAUCUUCGAUGAACAAGGUGUAUAAUUGGCGCUCCACUGUUGUAUGUAUAUUUCAUUUGUGGUUUGAUGCAUGUUUUUGGUAAGGUGUGAAGCUGCCUAAUUUAAAGCUAUCACAUAUUAGCGUGCACUCUCUAUAUAUUCUCCAGAACAAAUUAAACAACUUCAACACGACGGCAGCGCUUUGCACUCAGAAAAGACACAUCUGGACAACGAAUGCAAAACUCUGAGACAGAAAGUAGAGAUUCUCACUGAACUUUAUCAACAGAAGGAAAUGGCACUACAGAAGUAAGAAGUAUUUCUAGCUCUAUUAUCUACACGUUUUGCGCAAUAAAAGUUCAACUCCAUUACUUUUGAUAUCCGUGUAAAUUCUGCACACCAUAAGCCAUUAGACAUUGCUAGCUGGGAGCAAGGUCUGCUUUGUCCCUUUAUACUUCGAAGUAGAUUUUUCCCUUGUGUGCUCGGCUAUUCACAGCUUUCUCACUACAGGCAUUAAAUUACAUUGUUCACUGGACAAAGUGUGGAAUAGUGCUCUUCUCACUAAGGGAUUAACAUUUAGGAAUUGUUUACUAAAAACCAUUACCAUUUGUUUGUAAUGUACUUCAUGAAUCUCAAAAGCAGACAUUGUCUGUGUCUGAGUCUGCCUGUUUUGUCCCACUUACCUACAUUUUGUAACCUUCCUUAAUGUAAUAAUGUAAACAUUUACAGUAAAGAUUUGCCGUUUGCAUUGUGCAUGCCUUUAGCACUAAGAAGGAGAAUACACUCCGUUAUUAUUUUCCGAUCCUCUUAUGUCAACUUAUAUUUCUGUGAUUCCAGAAAACUUACUCAGGAGGAAUAUGACCGUCAAGAAAAGGAGCAAAAGCUGUCUGUGGCCGAUGAGAAGGCCAUCCUCGCCAGCGAAGAAGUGAAAAUAUACAAGUAUGUCUGUUUUUUUGGGUUUUUUUUAUGCUUUCUGGCUUUUAAAGCAUAUUCUGAAUUGGGGUUUUAAUAUUUCUUGCAAAGGAAGCUCUUCAGACAUAGUUCCUUGGAUGUGCAAGGUUGUUUUUGUUAGUUUAUCAUGAUCUUCCUAAAGAUGAAGGAAUAGUUAAGAGUUGGUAAAAAUUAUGUUUUGGGUUCAGAAAAUAUAUUGAUUUGCAUUGGAAUACAAUGGAAUGUUUUUGCUGACUACUUCAGAUUUAGAACUUUGCCUUUGAUAUGUGCUCUAUACAGAACCCUACCUUUACGCAACACCUAUAGCUACACUAAAAACCAGACUGUUAGAACACUAUAGGGUCAGUAACACAAACAUGUAUUCCUGACCCUAUAGUGUUAAAAUCCCCUCUUGCCUCCCUAAAUAUAGUAAAAUCUUAUUUGUAAUCAAGUCUGUAGCUGCUGGAUCUGUCCCUGUCUGCCUCUGACCUGCCUGCUGUCUGCUGACUUUAUCAGAAGUGGUGGUCUGAGCCAAUCACAAUGCUUCCACAUAGGAUUGGCCGAGACUGUCAAGGAGGCAGAUCAGGGGCAGAGCCAGCACAAGUCAAACACAGCCCUGGCCAUUCAGCAUUUCCUCAUAGAGACCAAUUGUAUCAAUGCAUCUCUAUGAUGAAAGUUUUUAGUGUCUGCAUGCAGAGGGUAGAGACACUGAAUGGCUGUGCUGCUUACUGAGCAGCACUGCCCCAGGAUCCCCUCUAGCAGCCAUGUGAGGAGUGGCCAGUCGAAUUAUCACUAGGCUGUAAUGUAAACACUGCAUUUUCUCUGAAAAGACAGUGUUUACAGCAAAAAAUGCCUGAAGGGAAUGAUUCUACUCACCAGAACAAAUACAAUAAGCUGUAGUUGGUAUAGUGACUAUAGUGUCCCUUUAACUAAAUGUUAGUAGUGAGGGACUUUGUAUUUCAGUUCUUCAAUUAAAUACAGUCUGGCUAUGGAAGCUAUAUGUAAUUCAUUUUUUUUAUUUUAUUACGUGUUGGAAUUAAAGACAGCGAAUUCAGGAAAUGGAAGAAGAAUUACAGAAAACCGAAAGGUCAUUUAAGAACCAGGUAAAGUGGGGUGUAUUAGAGUUGACUAAUUGCUUGUGCAGGAUACACUCCGCCAGGCUGCAGUAUUGCACUAUGCUCAGGUAACACACGCCUUCUAGUUGCAGUUCAUACUUUGUUCAUGUAGCGCACACCUUCUAGUUGCAAUUCAUACUUUGUUCAGGUAACACAUGCCUUCUAGUUGCGGUUCAUACUUUGUUCAGGAAACACAUACCUUCUAGUUGCAGUUCAUAUUUUGUUCAGUUAAUGCACGCCUUCUAGUUGCAGUUCAUAUUUUGUUCCGGUAACGCACGCCUUCUAGUUGCAGUUCAUACUUUGUUCAGGUAACGCAUGCCUUCUAGUUGCGGUUCAUACUUUGUUCAGGUAACGCACGCCUUCUAGUUGCAGUUCAUACUUUGUUCCGGUAACGCACGCCUUCUAGUUGCAGUUCAUACUUUGUUCAGGUAACGCACGCCUUCUAGUUGCAGUUCAUACUUUGUUCAGGUAACGCACGCCUUCUAGUUGCAGUUCAUACUUUGUUCAGGUAACGCACGCCUUCUAGUUGCAGUUCAUAUUUUGUUCGGUAACGCACGCCUUCUAGUUGCAGUUCAUACUUUGUUCAGGUAACGCACGCCUUCUAGUUGCAGUUCAUACUUUGUUCAGGUAACGCAUGCCUUCUAGUUGCAAUUCAUACUUUGUUCAGGUAACACAUACCUUCUAGUUGCAGUUGAUAUUUUGGUCAGGUAACACAUACCUUCUAGUUGCGGUUCAUACUUUGUUCAGGAAACACAUACCUUCUAGUUGUAGUUCAUAUUUUGUUCAGGUAACGCAUGCCUUCUAGUUGCAAUUCAUACUUUGUUCAGGUAACGCACGCCUUCUAGUUGCGGUUCAUACUUUGUUCAGGUAACGCAUGCCUUCUAGUUGCAAUUCAUACUUUGUUCAGGUAACACAUACCUUCUAGUUGCAGUUGAUAUUUUGGUCAGGUAACACAUACCUUCUAGUUGCGGUUCAUACUUUGUUCAGGAAACACAUACCUUCUAGUUGUAGUUCAUAUUUUGUUCAGGUAACGCAUGCCUUCUAGUUGCAAUUCAUACUUUGUUCAGGUAACGCACGUUCUAGUUGCAGUUCAUACUUUGUUCAGGUAACGCAUGCCUUCUAGUUGCAAUUCAUACUUUGUUCAGGUAACACAUACCUUCUAGUUGCAGUUGAUAUUUUGGUCAGGUAACACAUACCUUCUAGUUGCGGUUCAUACUUUGUUCAGGAAACACAUACCUUCUAGUUGUAGUUCAUAUUUUGUUCAGGUAACGCAUGCCUUCUAGUUGCAAUUCAUACUUUGUUCAGGUAACGCACGCCUUCUAGUUGCGGUUCAUACUUUGUUCAGGUAACGCAUGCCUUCUAGUUGCAGUUCAUACUUUGUUCAGGUAACGCACGCCUUCUAGUUGCAAUUCAUACUUUGUUCAGGUAACACAUACCUUCUAGUUGCAGUUGAUAUUUUGGUCAGGUAACACAUACCUUCUAGUUGCGGUUCAUACUUUGAUCAGGAAACACAUACCUUCUAGUUGUAGUUCAUAUUUUGUUCAGGUAACGCAUGCCUUCUAGUUGCAAUUCAUACUUUGUUCAGGUAACGCAUGCCUUCUAGUUGCAGUUCAUACUUUGUUCAGGUAACGCAUGCCUUCUAGUUGCAGUUCAUACUUUGUUCAGGUAACGCACGCCUUCUAGUUGCAAUUCAUACUUUGUUCAGGUAACACAUACCUUCUAGUUGCAGUUGAUAUUUUGGUCAGGUAACACAUACCUUCUAGUUGCGGUUCAUACUUUGUUCAGGAAACACAUACCUUCUAGUUGUAGUUCAUAUUUUGUUCAGGUAACGCAUGCCUUCUAGUUGCAAUUCAUACUUUGUUCAGGUAACGCACGCCUUCUAGUUGCGGUUCAUACUUUUGGGCAGAUAAUGCACACCUUCUAGUUGUGGUUCAUACUUUGUUCAUGUAGCGCACACCAUCUAGUUGCAGUUGAUAUUUUGGUCAGGAAACGCAUACAUUCUAGUUGCAGUUCAUACUUUGUUCAGGUAAUGCACACCUUUUAGUUACAGUACAGCACACUGCACAGUUAACACACCCUCCAGGUGCAGUGCAGCACUCUUAAACAGGUGGAGGGUCCAUAACACUCCAUGUACAGUAAGGUAGUCUGAAAUAGGGAUGCACACCAUUCAAGUGAAUGGUAUGUUAAGAAGGUAACACACAUUCUCCAGAAUGACACUCUGAGAAGGUUUGUAACACCUUAAUGUACCGUAUUUUUCGCUCCAUAAGACGCACCUCAUCAUAAGAAGCACCUAGUUUUUAGAGGAGGAAACCCAGAAAAAAAAAUAUUCUGAACUGUUCCAUAGUGUUUCUUACUAUGGGACAGUGUGUUCAGAAUAUUUUUUAAAGGAAUUUUUUGUUCCUUACCACCCACUCCCCUCCCCUGUCCCAUAAUGAUCUUUAAACCCCCCUCCCCUGUCCCAUAGUUAUCUUUAAACCCCCCUCCCCUGUCCCAUAGUUAUCUUUAAAAACCCCUCCCCUGUCCCAUAGUUAUUUUAACCCCCCUUUCCUCUGUCCCAUAGUGAUUGUUAACCCCUCCUCCCCUUGUCCAAUAGUGUUCUCAAUCCAUAGUGUUCCCCCCCCUUGUCCCAUAGUGCACUUUCCCUCCCAUAGUGUCCACCUUGUCCCAUAGUGUCCCCCUCCCCUUGUCCCAUAGUGUCCCCCUCCCCUUGUCCCAUAGUGUCUCCUCCCCUCCCCUUGUCCCAUAGUCCCAUAGUGUCCCCCCCCCCCUUGUCCCAUAGUGUCCCCCCCUGUCCCAUAGUGUCCCUUGAAUUAGUUGCCUGUCUUGUGCGGCUUCACAGCGCGCUCCGCGGUACAGGAACUUACAUUUCAGUUUCCGGCGGGACUGAAAAGAAGUGUGCACACUGAGUGUGCAUUUCCUUUCAGUCCCGCCGGAAACCGGAACCUGAAAUUGAAGUUCCUGUACCGCGGAGCGCGCUGUGCUGCCGGCCCACGCUACAAGACAGGUAAGUAAAGCUUCACAUUCGCUCCAUAAGACGCACAGACAUUUCCCCUCACUUUUGAGGGGAAAAAAGUGUGUCUUAUGGAGCGAAAAAUACGGUAGUUACAUUUACUGUUAAACAUGCUUACUUUAUUAUACAGCACAUACUAAUAACCUUUUCCUGUUUUUAAGAUUGCUAGUCAUGAGAAAAAAGCACACGAAAAUUGGGUGAGUAUGUUUACAUAUCUCGAUCUAUACUUAUUUUGCGGUUUUUAAAAAUGACCUGCACUUUUUUAGUUUAGGUUCACCUUAAAGUAAACAAUAGUUGUAGAUUAUCUUAAUCCAGACAAAAAAACAUAUUUGUUCCUUUUGACAUUAGUGUGCUAAAGCCGGUGAGUCAGUUUACUGUAAGAUAAUUGGUAGGUACUGCACAUCUUCCAACACUUAAUACUCCCUCAAGGCUGUAGGGUGUGUAGCUAACAAGUGCCAGUAUUAAAGACAUUCAUCUAUUUAUUGUAAAUACAGGAAGUAAAUGUGUUCCAAAAUGUAUUGGUCCCUUUGGAUGCCAAGUGUAAUGUCAAUAAAUUCCCUGGGAAUCUCGCAUCAGGCCCGAGUUGCUCAAUGAAUGUGGGUGUUGCCAUGGUAACACGGCAAGUAGUUUUGCAUAAAGACAAAUGGUGUAUCUAUCUCAUUGAGGUGCUCAUAACCAUGGCAACAUGCAGUUUGAUGUAGUAAAAAGGUAUUUCUGUCAUGGUUUGAUCGUCACUGCAUUAAUUACAGCCGGCUGGAAAUGGCAUUAAGCACCAGCCGGUAUCACAGGUUUGCACAACUUUGCCUAUUGUGGUUAUAAGUAAAUAAUCGCAAGUGAAUCCUUUUCACGGAUACAUCAUAUUCAGUAAUGCAUAAUGGGCUACCCAUAAUGCAUUACUGAAUAUGAUGUAUCCGUUAAAAGGAUUCGCUUGCACCCUUUUAUUAGACAAACAUCUUGCAUGUUGAUUAGAUUAUAGAAAAAGAUGCAUUCAUUACUUCCCCCAAACACUAUCUAUUUUGUCUUCAUUUCCAGCUCGUUGCACGGACGGCAGAAAGAACUUUGGCUGAAGAGAAAAGGGAGUGUGCAAAUCUAAGGCAAAAGUAAGAUUUUAUUAUGUUAAAGGAACACUUCUAUUUACAGUUGUUACUUCAUUUAGGCAUUUACCUAUGACACGGACCCCUCUGUGUUUCUUCUUCACUAAUCACUAAUAAACUGUAUUAAUGCACCAGUGCUCUUGCUUCUGUUUUCUGUAUAAUAAUAAAAAAAAUAAAAAAAGAACAAUCAAACAUUAGUAUUACAAACCUGUAUUCUUAACGCUUCAAUGACCCUGUCCCUAGUUAUACACUUUACUGCCCAUGUCCCACCACACACACACUGGAAUUUUACUCUGUCUUUGCAGAGGAAGUCCCUCCAGUGGCUGUCCAUGUAAAAUUAACUGAAGGUGUGUUUAUAUGUUUACGGUCAAAUGGGUUGUUUCUGCAAAACUGUACUGCACUUAAGCCACUUCACUGAGAUGAAAUGGCUUGGAUGAUGGCAAGGAACUGGAAAUUACCCUAAUGUUCCGUGUUGGGAUCUAGUUAAAGAACAACUAGUAUAUUAGUUAAAGAUGGAAAUAGGAAUUAUACCAGCAGAUAGGAAACGGUUAAAAGAAUGGUUGUGUAAAAUAGAACAGACUUAAAGGACCACUAUAGUGCCAGGAAAACAAACUUGUUUUCCAGGCACUAUAUUGUCUUUGGGUCCCCCCCACCCUAUGGGUCCUCCUCCCGCCAGGCUGACAGGGGAUGAAGGGGUUAAAUUCUUACCUUUCUCCCUCUGCACUGGGGAUUCUCCUCCCUCUUCCGACAUCAUCCGUUGAAUGCGUAAGUGCGGCAAGAGCCGCACACGCCUUCAGUCAGUCCAUAAGAAUGCUUUCCUAUGGACGCUGGCAUCUUCUCACUGUGAAAAUCACAGUGAGAAUCGCGGAAGCACCUCUAGCAGCUGUCAAUGAGACAGCCACUUGAGGCUGGAUUAACCCUAGUGUAAACAUAGCAGUUUCUCUAAAACUGCUAUGUUUAUAGCAGGCAGGGUUAACUCUAGAUGGACCUGGCACCCAGAUCACUUCAUUAAGCUGAAGUGGUCUGGGUGCCUAUAGUGGUUCUUUAAGUGUUUAAAUCUAACCCCCUGAAUACAAUAUGAUCUGUCGAAAUCCUAGAUAUUCUAGUUUCACCUGCAGGGAUAAUCCAGAAUAGUUUUAUAAUAUUAAAUGUUGUUUAGUGAUGUAUUGUCCGUUAUGUGAUGUAAUAUUCAAGUUUUGAAUAUGAGCAAUGUGUUAAAGUAACGGAUAUAGAAGAAGUUAUUACACUACUUUAUAUAUACAAACACAUAACUUUGUCUAUGUUGUAUGGUAUUGUCUUGUGAUUGUAUACUUGUAAAACAUUUUUUAAAAAUAAAGAUUAAAUAUGAAAAAAAAAAAAGAAAUGGCCUGGAUGAUUUUAGUGGUCGAUUAAGGACUGCUGACACUUCAAUGUUCCAUUGUGCUUUGGUCCCUACAGACUCUGCACCAGUAUGGAAUGUCCUGCUUAUUUAGAAUUUGCAGAUCUAUGUGUGUUUUGUUCCCUACAGACUCUACACCAUUAUGGAAUGUUCUGCUUAUUUAGCAUUUGCAGAUCUAUGCAAUACUGUUUUAUUUAAAUGAGUGGGGCAUUCCAUUUGAUAUGACAUUUGUCAAUGUUUCUUAAGGGUAGACAUGCAUACUAAAAUUGUUAAAUGAACCUCCUGUUUUCCACUCCUCAUCUCCAUCUAGAUUGUAUGUUCCCACAGAAGUAGGGCCUUCAGCUCCUCCUGGAUUUGUUUACCAAGUGUUAGAUUGUCUCUUAUAUGUAUUGUACAUUUUGUCUUUUUCUUACGUGUACCAAUUUGUAUUUAUGGACAGCACUGCGGAGUAUGUUAGCGAUUUCUAAAUAAAGUAUAAUGAUAAAUGAAGUAUAUUACAAACUCCUAUUACUUUUAUUGAUCAUGUUGAAAUAAAUAAAUACACUUACAGAGUUAUUCACUGAAGUGAGAAUUGUCUGCAAUUGAAAGAGCGUUUCAAAUUGAUGCUAAAGUAACUGAAUUAAAAGCAUUGCGGACUUGGAGAUUUUUUCCAGCUCAGCUACUCUGGCCUUAAAUUUUGUUUGUAAUAUUAUUGUGCAUAUAUUUUUCUUGCUUACAACACUCCCUCUACAUGGAGCUUCAUUCAGGCAGUAUGUGUGUAGUUAAAAUGUGUACUGGCUGUCCUGUAUUCUAGCAGUAGCUGAUACAUGCUAGUUAAAUAGGUUAAACAAGAUUCUUAGAAUUCUACCUGCAUGCUUCUUCUUGGCUAUUUAGUUGUGAAAGUUUAACCCGUGCUGCUAUCUAUGCAUUACAGAGCCAAUCUGAAUUUCAUUCAAUAACCUAAAAUAGCCUACCAUGAUUAGAAAGUACAAUGGACAUUUUAAUGUUAACCCUAUUGCUAUGCCCUUGCAUGACAAAUCGGUGGGUGUUACUACAAUGAAAGAGAACUAAUCUAACUAUAAUAAGUGCCACUCAUUAUUCUCAGUGUUUCAGAACUGCCUUUUUAUUUAUGCAGUGGAUUUCUUUUUUUCCAGAUUGAUUGAAGUAAACCAAAGAAUUGCAGCUCUGCAGAGACCUUCCAUAGUAAAACCCAAACCGGGCAGACCUGAUCAUCAGCCACCUGUGAGGAGAGGUAUAGAGCUUCUCAUUGCAAUUUGUACACAGAGUGACUACUUACACGCCACAUAAGAGAAAAAAAUGUAUAGUUUUUUGUUUUAGGUACAUUUGUGCACAUUUAAAAAAUACUUAUCAUUUAAACCGCAGUGAGAACAUUUUUUUUAUGCAGAUUUUCCCAUAUUUUAUUGGUAAUCAAGGGGUUAAAUUAAUAGUAAAAUUAUCCAGUUUGGGGUGCUCUACUAAACCAUAGAUUGCAGAGAAUUGAAAAUAGAAUUGCAAAGUUUUAUUUGCAAUUGCAUUGCUUCUUGAAUAAUCAUCUCUAGUACCAUUAACUGUUUCUGAUUCUAACAGUACAUGAUGAAUUCACAUGCUCUAUGCACAUUAGGAUCUGUUUUAUGAAAAUGCAAUUUUAAAUUUCCAAAUUGAUUACUUCCUAAUUUGUUAGAGAUUAUAAAGAUACCCAGGUCUUUAAAAGAUUUUUGUAGCUUGACAGUUAGCCUAUGAUGCAUUUGGUAAGUUUGGACUCCAGAGCCAAUCUUUGCACAAGUAGUCUAACGCCCGCUUCAGAAGACAAAUUCCUGAAAAGGCUUUAGCUGGAGUGAAACAAUAAAAUAGUGAUUCUGUCUUAUUUGCUGCAAAUGACUGUGGUAGUGCAAACAUUAUAUGUCAAACCCCAUUGCAUUGUGAAAGAUUUCUGAGCUCUGAUGAGGUCUUGUUCUUCAUUCAAUACAGGUGCUUUAAGCAGAGAUGGUUCCUUUGGUCCUUCGCCUGUGAGUGGUGGUGCACCUUCCCCUCCCAUGAUGAUUGAGGGACCAGGCCGAUCGGCAUCUGCCAACCUCAGCAGAACAGAAUCUCUCAAAGGCGACACUAGUUAGUAAAAAUUCAGUUAUGCAUAGACUGUAAAUAUUUAUCUGCUUCCAAAAAGUGCAGAUGAUGGUGAACCUGUAAACUACACCAAAUUUUAGAGUUAAAAAAAAUGAAAAUGUGCUUUGCUACGUCUGUGAUUAGCGUGUGUAUCUUUACAUUAUUUUUAAAAAAAUAUUGGCUUGUCAGAAUAGAGCACUUGUCAAAGAAAGUGAUUUAGUCCUCCUUCACCUAGUACAUGCUAAACCGCACUCCGUUUUGGUAGACACGUUGUGUGUUUUUUUUUCUGACAGUCUGUCAGGAGUUGGUGGACUUAACUGCAUGUGACACAGCACAUUAAAACUCAGUGUAAAUAUGGCAUUGCAGGUUUUAUUCCCUUAUUAGGAUUUUAUUAAACCAUGAAUAGAUUUUAGUAAUUGCUUUACAGCUCCUGCUUUGGUCAGAUUUGUAUUGAGCUUCAAUCAGCAGCUCCCUCAUUGCCAAAAAUGCCAUGACGUCAUUUUAAAAGCAGUACAUUGUGCUAGCCAAAUUGCAAGCAUACAAAUAGACGAAAAGCUGUAUUCUGUGUAAUUGUUCACCUCUUUUGAUGUUUAGAAUUAUGAGUCCAGCAUAGCAGUAAAGUCUGCUAUGGUGUCCAAUGGUGCAAACCUGUGAACAUCUGCAUCACUGCCAUGUGAUCCAGAAGCGAUUCUUAGUUCACCUGUAGUAAUUUUGAAAGGUCCCUUGCAUGUGGUUUAGUCUUGAAGGGAUUACCACUGCCAUAUUUGUGUCGGUUGUGUUUUUAUAUGUUUGGUUUUUCUCUCCCUCCGUUCUCCCUUACCUCCCAAUGUACAAUGCGUUAGUGGUUGAGUGAAGCAUUACACAUUUCUAUUUUAAAAUUUUUUGUUUUUCGAAGGUGAAGUGGAUGCUCCUCCAACGUCCAGGCGCCCACCGCAUGAUAUGUCUGGCAGAACAUCUGCCCCAGGUAGUUUUCUUCAUAUGUACUGUAUGUCCAUUCAGCCUUGUAAUCUCUAUGUGGGUCAGUGCAUUUUAUCAAUGAAGAUCACCACAGCUAUUAAAGUAACAUUUCCUUUACUUACAAAAAAAAAAAGCCAAAAGUGAUAUCAGUCAGGGAGCUUGCUUAUCUCUGCGGCGAGAAGUAUUAACAUUCAGUUAAAAACUGCUAGAGGAAAUCUAGACCUAAUUCUGUCUAUGGUUUAAGUUGAUCGCUAUGAAAAGGAUCAAGCAAACUAUAGCCUCAAUUUACAUUUUUGAAUAAACUUUUCAAAUGAUCUUUUUGAUAAAUAUAAUUUAAAAAAAUAUAUUUUUAUAUAUGAUAUAUAUUUUUAUAUUGAUAUUUAGAAAAUGUUUAUUUUAAUGGUUCAUUCAAAUAUAUUAUAUCCUUUAAAAAGCUUAUCCAACAAUAUUAAAUUGAGGCCUAUAUGUUUGAUGAAGCCAAGUAGGAAUAAUGUGCAGCUUUAUAGCAUGUAACAGAGUACAGGACAGAAAAUCACCGUUGACCAUUUGCAAGUGAAUGUGCCAUGGUCCCUCCAGGCUUGCAGUGGCAAGUUACUUUUAAAGCCAGGCAAGUAGCCUAAGACUUAAAAUAAGAAGCCCUAGUGUGCAUUAUUGUGGGAUAUGCCAUCAUUAAAACUAACAUGUUUUUAAAUGAAGAGCCGUGUGUUGCGGUAUAAUGUUCAAUUGCUGGAUUUGUUCUUUUCUUUCGUGAUUAGGAACCCUAAGUGUAUUUGAUGACUUUUGCUUCAGUCAUUUUCAUCUCUCAUGGACUGUAGUAAUUAUGCUAACCCAAUGUGGAGUUUAUAUUUUAAAUUAACUUCAUAAUAAACUGAACUUGACUUGUGUAUAUGUUCUUUUUCUGUACAGUGGAGCUUGGUCACUCUGCUAAUGUUCUAAAUAGUGGCCCCAGGACAUCAUCACCCUCGAUGACUGUGGAUGGCAUGGUAGGUUGUAAUAAAGACAACUCUCAAAUGUCAUGUAAAGACAAAUUGCAUCUAUUUAUUUUUUUUGUACAUAAACAUGUUACAAUUAUUCUAUAUCCAUUCUUAAUCUCUUCAUGUAAAACAAAAAGCCAAAUGCACCUAAGGAGCCUGAGGCCUUCAGUACCUCUGCUAGUUCUCCACCUGAGGAAUCCAGAGAAGUGAGUAUUUAGUAACCGUAAAUGGAUCUGGGAUUUCACCUUUCGCUUCUGGUGGAGAAGACGUUAUACUAACCUUUCAUGCAUGCACUACUCAAAAACACUCUGCAUCCUUACCACAGAACAACACUAGAUCAUAUUACUCGCUUCAUGACACCACUGCAAACAACUGAUUCACAUCGAAGUCAUAAAGCAGAGAUUUCCUGACGUAGGAGGGGAAGUAGUUAGACAUUGGAGUAUCUUUGGUUAUGGAGGUAGCAGUUUCUUAUUGAAAGGCUUCAAGUGCUUAUCACGUACCAGUGAUGGCAGAAGAGUGAAAAAAAAAUAAAGUUUGUGUGUUUGUGUUUUUGUUUUCUCGUUCUGCUCUAAGCAUAGCCUAGUCUAUUUAUGGAAUAGUGAUACUUUCUCUUAAGACUGGACACCAUAGCUGCCGAAAAUGAAACAACAAUUUUGAGAAGCACAUUAAAAAAUAAUCCUGUUCUGGAUACAAUGAGAGAAUGUAUGAGUGGUGUAACGUAUUGGGCAGGGGACAAUCACCAUGGAAACCAUUGGAACCAGCAGCCAUAUUCCAUCCCUUUUAAAUUUUUGCACCACUUUGUAGAAACAAAACAAAACACUUGGAUACAUUUCCUCGUUGUUUUCUGCUUCAAAGGGUCAACACCCUUGUCUACCAUUUCAGAGAGGAAUUGAAUAGACCAUCUACAAUAUGUGUUUCCCAGAAUGAUACAUACAUAUACAAGAGAACUACACACUGCUUUUUAUUCACAUGAAAACUAUAAAGUAGAACCACAAACACACGUUAAAGGACCACUAUAGUGCCAGGAAAACAUACUCGUUUUCCUGGCACUAUAGUGCCCUGAGGGGGCCCCCACCCUCAGGGUCCCCUUCCCGCCUUGCUCUUGGGAGAGGAAGGGGUUAAACACUUACCUUUCUCCAGCGCCGGGCGGGGAGCUUUCCUCCUCCUCUCCUUCUUCCUAGCGACGUCAUCGGCUGAAUGCGCAUGCGCGGCAGGAGCCGCAUGCGCAUUCAGCCAGUCUCAUAGGAAAACAUUCAUAAUGCAUUCUUAUGGACGCUGGCGUCAGUGAGAAGCACGCAAGUGCCUCUAGCGGCUGUCAAUGAGACAGCCACUAGAGGCUUUAGAGGCUGGAUUAACCCUCAGUGUAAACAUAGCAGUUUCUCUGAAACUGCUAUGUUUAUUAAAAAAAAAAAAAAGGGGUUAACUCUAGCUAGACCAGGCACCCAGACCACUUCAUUAAGCUGAAGUGGUCUGGGUGCCUAUAAUGGACCUUUAAAGUAAAUCAUCUGCACAAGUGAUUUGUUUCAUUUUAAGUGAAUCAACAGCUCAACAAUUGUUGUAAUGCUUUUAAAAAAGGAUGGCAAGUCACGUGUGUCCAUUUACUUAUCUCCAAUGCAGGAAUAGAAUUUGAAACAAUGGAAAUAUGUAAUCCAUUUUGGUGAGGGUGGGGACUACUUCCUCACAAGUAUUACAUUGCUCAUUAUAGCUCUUUACCAGCCGUGCAACAGUUUGACAUUACGCAGGUGAUUUUGUUGUAGUCAUGCAUGAUCUCAUGGUGUGCAAGGAUGACUUGAAUAAUAGCAUUUCAAUAAGAUUAAGAAGAUGCAUGUCAGUCCUAUUUACUAACCACUUACAAGCUACAUGGUUAUGGAUUUUUCUAAACUUGCUCCACUGAUCGGUUUAACAGAUUUUUUACAAAGACAGAGUUUCUACAUACAUUGAAUUAACCACAAAUGUGAGUUAUUUGACCACACUGUGCACUGACACACAGGAUUUAAAACAUCUAUCCUACAAUCGGAAAAAGGUCUUGAUACUUUUUUAGAAAAAUACAGGGGGAAAAAAUGUCCAUUUUCUUCUCCUCCUUAGAUGUAAUACUUAACUAAGACCACACUACAGUUCUGUGAUACUGAUAAAGAGGGUUGUAUCUCACCUAAAAAGGAGUACUAUACAUUUUAUUUUGUCCGUUUUAUAAGUGUUCGCUUAGCAAGACAAAUUUCUAUGAACAUUCCAGAAAAAAAAAAAAAUGGUGAGUUCAUUCUAAACAACUGCAACACUAUUGCUUUGUGGAGAAAGACGGAAUAUUCUGUGAUAAAAUAGUUAAAGGGAUCCUAUAGUGCAUGAAUUACAAAGCCGUUUUCCUGGCACUAUAGGGUUAAUACGCCCCCUCUCAUGUGGAGCUGAAGGGGUUAAAACCCCCUUCAGGCCCUUACCUGAAUACAGCGCUGAUAUCCCUCGGCGCUGGGUCAGGCACCGCCCACACUCCAACGGCAGCUGGCAGGGGAGACUUAAUGCGCAUGAGUGGCAAUGGCUGUGCGCGCACGCAUUAGACCUCCCCAUUGGAAAGCAUUAUUCAAUGCUUUCCUAUGGGAACAUUCUGACGCUGAAGGUCCGUGAGGACGUCCAGCGUCAAAUAAUGGAUCCCCACUGGGGGUAGACUUAGAGCUGCAAUGUACACAUUGCAAUUCUCUGGAACUGGAAUGUUUAACAUUACAGCACUAAGUGGAAAAGGGUCACAGCACCCAGACUACUUCAAUUGGCUGAAGUGGUCUGGGUGCCUACAGUGUCCCUUUAACAUGGGGUGUAACAUACUGUUUAUCCAAGGUGCAGUCAGGUUGUUUGAAUGCCAUUUAGGGGUCAACAAAUAUUUUUUUUUCCCAUUUGACAGUUAUUCACUAAACUAAGGAUUCAAAGUAAAGGCCAAAGUAGGCAAACUGAAAGCAAUGCCUACGUAGAGAAUUUUUCCAGUUUACCUGUUUUGACCAUAAAGUUAAAAUUUUCCCUAUUGUUUGGAUCAGCAGUAGAAAGAGAGAUUUGGAAAAAAUAGACUUGAGUGUUGUGGGGUUUUUUUUUUUUUGGCGUGUAAUGCUAUACAAACAGCUGAAUAAGACAAAAUAAUGGAGUAUCGUUAUAAACCUCAGACACACCUGUGACAUUCCCUUAUGUAUCACUUUAUGGCUGUAAAGUGGUUUUGGUGCAUUGACCCUGUCCCUUUUCAGAGCAAUGGCAGUGUUUACAUUUCUGUCUAAAUCAUGCUUCUAGGGAUUGUAACAACUAGAGGCACGUCCUAAUUGAAGAUGUUUGAUUUAUUCUAUUUUUUUUUAUUAAAGGGGAGUGUCUGAAUCUAAAAUCAUAAAAGGAGCCCAUCUAACUUUUAUAUAUUUAUUUUUAAAGUUGGCGUGUUCCUUUUAACUAUACCUUUCUUUGAGUUUGUGAAAGAAAGGAUCCUCUAAUAUUCUUUACCAUUCAUGUGUUAUGUCAUGCUUAAGUUGUAAAUUUAAAGCACAGUUUACGUUGAGGCUGCGUGGGAUGCGUGCCCUAUUUGUAAAUACAGAUACAUCAGAAACAGAUGUAUAGCUGUGAAUUGUGCAUGUGAGCCUUUCAAUACAUGCUUUUGCUCUGUUUAUGGCUUGCCAUAGCUGCUGGGGUGACUCUUUUUUAUCAGUAAGCGUGCUUUGCAAUCCUUUAGUCAUGUUUUAUCUACAGAUUAUUCCUAAGCAUAAAUAUGUCAUCUCUAUAAAACUUGUCACAUCCAAUCACCAGCAGGCCCUCCCAAUGUCACGCUCUCCUAAAUUGAGCAGUUAGAAGUCUCUUUCAGGAGAAGAUGCAAUUGUCCAAAUGUGGGUGUUUUUUGUUUUUUGGUUUUUUUUUUAGCAUGUUUUCAGAUCAUAUUUUGUGGAUGUCCGUAAGGUGGGAAAUUCGUGUUCACUUUUAGAAAAGGUGACAUUCCAGUCUCAGCACAACAGUCAAUGUUGGACUUAAGCUCCCAGUUAUCUGCAAACCUCAUGGAGCAAUAGCUGGAAUUCCAACUUGGCCUUUAGUUAUUGAUCCCUUUAGAUCAGGGUUUAUAGCCCAGGGGUGGAUAGGUGUGUAGACCUGAAAGAUUCCACUAGCUGUUGAGGUGUGAAAGUUUAGCCUUGGAUAUGUUAUUGAGUUACCCAUGCCUUUUUACCCAUGCCUUUGUGGGGGCCAAGCUGAAAUAGUAUUGCAUUUACAGCCUUGUUGUUUUUUCCUUAUGUUAGUACUGAGUCCUGCUUUCCACAGGUUAGAAAUAAAUGAGUGAUAAAAUGUAUCCCUCGAAUCUUCUACUUAAUACAUCAGCUUCUAAGCAAAUAUGGGAAAAACAGUACAAAUGUUGUUUUUGAUUAUAUCAACAGCUUAUGCCAGGAAGCAAAGGCCCACCUUCAUUUCCAGGAACUCCGGUAAUGAACUCUCCAAUAUCACAGCCUCCUGGCCGUUUGAUUGGCCAGCCUCCUCCCAGAAUGCACUUUGGAGCUCGAUCACUGCCACCACAACAAAGUAUGUAAAAAGGAACAUUGUAUCUCUUCAUUAUAUAAUAUAUUGAUCCAGACAAGUUACUUUAAAAUUUGUUUAGUGUGUAGUACAUAUCAAACAAAGGUGUGUGUGUGUGUGUGUGUAUAUAUAUAUAUAUUAGGCUGUAUGCCUGGAGUUGUGGGAGGGAUUUCUUGCCAGCCUAUAUCUACCCCCUCCUGACGUUCUGUCUACGUUUUUUUAAUUAUUUUUAUUUUUUAAACAUCACUUUUAAUUAUUUAUAGUUAAAAUGAUAACUCUUAUUAUACGAAUACCACCACCAUAAUAAAAAACAAAAAAAGUUAUAUAAAUAAAAGGUAGUAAGCAGGAACACUGUAAGUAGUAUUGGGCAGUGAUAUCCAUUCUUUUGCUGCCACUAGAGUAUCUAUUAAUCUGUACCAGGGCGGAGCUAUGUAGUCUGUCUCUAUAGUGUACGAGGAAAAGGUCAUGGGUGAAAUUGAGAGAUAUGGUCCAGGUUACGAAAACACAUUAGCAGGAAAAUCUUUUUUUUUUUUUUAAAUGUAUUUUUAUUUUUGUCUGCUGAUCUUAUUAAAACAGGUGCACCACAGGGAACAUUCUGAAAUUAUUAAAUACUGUUUCAGUAAGGUAAACCUCUCCUUUGAGAUUCCAUCUAGAAUAAAAAUACUCAAUUUUUGCUUGCACAUCUUCUGUGGACUUAUUUAAUAAUUUUAUUUUUCUAGUUUUUGUUAAUGCUUUCCUAUAAAGGGUAAGUUAUGUUGUGCAUUCUUUUGCAGUGCAUAGUGAAUAAAAAAAAAAAAAAAACAGUCGACAUCAAUGGUGCGCUUGUGUUGGUGCACAUAAGAGAAACAUGUUUCUCUGGAGAUAUUUGGGUCAGUUCUUCAUCUUGCUCAAAACAGCUGUCUGACGCACCCUCCUGCACUAUACAGGAGAUUAAUCAGGCUCAAGAAUAUAUUUGCAAGUCUAUGUUCUUUACCACUCUGUGAGAGAACUUCAGAAAUUACACAGAUGGGCAAAUGGACCAUCAGUUCCAUUGCUAUUAAACAAUUGGCAUUGAAACCUAUUUUAACUGAUGCAUAUUGUGCAUGAUAUCCCCUUUUCAUGAGACAAAAACUGCAUGAACAAUAAUUAGAGCACUAAUAACCAGUCACAAUUGUAUUUCAUUUUUAUUCUGAGUGAUUUUCAAAUUUGCAGCAUUCUUGAUAUUUGAUGAUUAACACUUCGAACAAAUUUAAUUACAGGUGUUAUUGUAAAAGAACUUGCUGGUGAAGGGGUUACGUCCAUGUAGUAGAAACUCUGACACGUUAUAGUUUAUAUUUUUUUAAAUUUUAUGUUCCAUAAAAUUGUACUACAUAUGUAAAGUAGAAUUACACCUAAUCUCAAAUUUCAUAUGUAAAUUGGUUAUGCCGGCUAUGAUACUUUUUAUACUUAAAUGUGUACCAAUAAUAACAGUGACAUUUUUGUGUGCUUGAGAAUUUCAUAAAAGUUCUCAAAGACAUGCAUACCAGAUUUUUUCUUCUACUCUUUAGUAAAUAUUUUUUUUUUACAAUUUUUAUGUGAAAUACAUUUAUUUUUGGUUUGACAGGAGAUGCUUCCUCUUCAAGAAACAGAUUAAGGAAAUUAUAUUUCUAAUAUUUUAUUGUUUGUUUUGUUUUUUUUAGGGCAUGGUCCCCCACCAGCAAUGAGAGAAUUACCCCCAAUGCCUUUGGUUCCUCCUGAUCCUAGGUGCUUUGUCCGCGGACCACUUGGGCCUAGAGAAUAUCUUCCAGGUCCAAGCCCAUUUCAUGGUCCUAGGGAUUUUCCCAUGCCACCUCCAGGUGUAAGAGAUUUCCCACCUGGACCUCUUCCACCAGGGGCUCGUGACUUCCCACCAGGGCCCCCACCUCCUGGGGCUCGUGACUUCCCACCAGGACCCCCACCUCCUGGGGCUCGUGACUUCCCACCAGGACCACCACCUCCUGGGGCUCGUGACUUCCCACCAGGACCUCUACCCCCAGGUGCUCGAGACAUCCCACCAGGAGCACCACCAACAGUUCCUCGGGACUUCUUAACAAGACCACCAACUCCAGGUGCUCGGGACUUCCCCCCUGGAGUCAGAGAGUUCUUACCAGGACCUAGAGAGAUUCGACCAGGACUUCCACCUCCGGGAGCAAGGGACUUCCCACCAGGAUUACCCCCAUCUGGAGCAAGAGAAUAUUUACCAGGACCUCCUCAUCCUGGAGGUAGGGAAUUUCGAGCUGGGCCCCCUCCAUCUGUUUCUAGGGAAAACAUAUCAGGCCAUUUCCCUCCUCCUGGGGCAAGAGACUUCAUGCAAGGUCCCCCACCAGGGGGUGUGAGGCAUUUUCCACCAGGAUAUCAUCCUGGAUCCCUUCAAGGUCCUUCAGGACCAGAGCAGCGAUUUGUCCCACCAGGAUCCCAACAACCCACACAGACAGACAAUGAACCUAUUGAUAAUCAAAAAGUUUAGGAUAGUUGCAAAAAGAAAAGAAAAAAAGACAUUUAUCUUUGUGCAGUGGGGGAAAAAAAAAAAAAGCCUUCAGUUGUUUCAAAAUGGAUAAAACGUUACUGGUUUACAUUCAUUUCCGACUUUUUUUUUUUUUUUUUACAUGUCUUUAUUGCAAUAAAUAUUUUAUCUUCACUCCCCUCCAUAGUAAUUUUAAUGGGUAAUUAUUAAUUGAAAAUUUGCUUCAUAGAUAUUCAGGCCUUCUGAAACCCAGAUCAUUUUGCAAUUUGGAAAAGUGCAAUACAGAAAUCAUUUUUUGGAGGGGAUUUUUUUGUUUUGUUUUUGUUUUUUAUUUAAAAUAGUGUGAGUAACCAUUAUUUGUUUUAAAAAAAAAAAAAAAAAUGAAUGUUAUAAAUCUUUGAAAACAUUUCCUGUGGAAAUACAUUUUAUAAGAAUAACAUUAUUCUGAUUGCUUUUCCACACCCAGCUAGCGUAACAUGUUAUAUACCACUGGUUUACAUAGAAUAAAGAAUUGUUUUUAAACAUCUGGUACUAAAGAAAACAGGAUACAUAACCCUGUUGGAGAAUAGUAAUUAUAAUAAAGUAUGGAAAAUCUG